GCGCACGGCGCCGUGUUUAUAGUGAACACGGCAGACUGCAGACUGAUCGAAGGAGACGGUGUAUGUGCCUAUAUAUUUACCAGCCUAACUGCUUAACCACCUAUCUAUCGACGAAGGGCAUUAGUUAAGCAAAUGACUUGCCUCAAAUCGAAGAAAGAAGGACAAAUCCCCUAUUUUCCGUUGAUAUGAAGGUGAAUUACAGCUACCACAACAACGCGGUGCGUGUGUGCAUGAUGAGCGGCUGAGGAGGAGGAGGAGAAGGAGGCUGCGGUCUGAAACCAGAUUUUUAUCCUGGAUUUUUCGAAAGAAAUGUCGUUUCAUUCACGCCGGGAGUGUUUAAAUUGAUUUCAUGUUACAUUUUUGGUUCGAGACCUCCUGUUUUCAUCCCAUUUCGGCUGGUAUUUAAACCGUUUUUUUGCCUCCUGUGGAUCCUCCAGCAGCGGGACGUUGAAGGUUUUUUCCUCCAGAUAUGGAGUGUGAAGAUGCGGAUUACAGAGGAAUCCCCGCCGCUGCUUUAACCGCAUUGCUUUCAUUCUCCACAUCAUUGCGGUGUUAUUUUUGGCAAGAAUAGACCAAACUAUGAGUAAAUAUUUCCAGAGCAGAGGAAUAAAUCGGUGAUUUUGGAGCACGGUCGGACUCCCGUUUGGAAACGUGAGGGGGGCUAUCCUGCUAGCCUGCAUGUAGCAGCUAUUAGCUCCAUUAGCCGGCUAACAGCUAAAAGGUGCUGGCUGCAGAUUAAAAAAGCUUUUUAGUAUUUCUGACCAGGUUUCGGCCACGUUUCCUCGCCUUGACAUAUUUACUGACAGGAUUUGGUGAAAUUUACUCAUCCAGGAAUGAGGUCUCGAACGGAAAGGAGCCGCUUGACCUUGUUUUGGGGUCUGAUGCUGGGUCUGUCGUCCUGCCUCCGGCCCGCCACCGCAGAGAGUAAGUCAUGUUGCUCCACACGGGGAAACACUGCUUUAUGCUUCAGUGCUGCAUAAAUGUGGGAAUUUGUUUUCAUAAAAUUGUCAAGAUUCAUUCAUUACAUAUGCAAUUAUCUGCUCCUUAAAAAAGGUGUUAUGGUUUUCUGGCUUUCUACAAUUUCCAUUCGUGCAUUGAUGGAGAAAAUUUAAUGUUUACCCAGGAGAAAAUUAGAUGAACCAUAAUGCUACAAGUUAUGUGGCUGGCGGUUAAAUAUAUCACCUUACAUGCUUUAUUUAUAUAGUCAUGGCAAGAAUCCAAAGUGAUGUUUACACAAGAUUACUUUUAAUGGACCACGGUUGAAGGAAGGUGAUAAAAGAUAUCAAUUAACAAAAUCACAUGUUGUAAAUUGUGUAUUAUAUUGUGUGCUACUGUACAUUUGGUGAGGAUGUUUCGUUUCCGGUAAGGAAGCGUGUAAUAAACUGCUGUAUGAUUAGUUGAAAAAGUACCUUGGUUUGAGUUAGAACAAGGAUGUAGGCAAUGGUGAGUCUUUAUUUUGCAUCGUGUUCAGCAUAGGUGAGGUGAGUGAGUUCAUAGAUACUUUGCGGAAGAUGCAGAUAAUAUGAACUGACUAGCCAUAACAUAAACACCUGUGCAAUCUAAUACAAUCCAAUCCAACAGCUUUGCUCUAAAUGCUACUUACAGGAAGCUGAAACUUACAGAUCUUGUUUACAUGGUGAAGCAAAAACUUUCUGUACUUUCCAACUGCAGACAUAGUGGAUGGUCUUCUUCUAUAAAUGAUGUUCCUUUUUAUUUUAUUUAUAUCAUUCAUUAACAUGAGGGUAGCAAAAUAUCAGAAACACAUUUCUGUAUUAUGGGCUCUUACUACAACUUGUCAACAAGUUGUAGUAGGAGAGCAUGUCAACAAAAACUGCAAAAGGGGACACAUCAUAAACGUAGAACUAAUUGUUCUAGGAUGUGCCGAUGUACGAUUUAAUCGUGAUAUGCGAUAUUAAACGGCCGCGCUGAUGAAAUCGUAGGGUACUGUAAUAAUCGUUCCACAAUUAUAAUUUAAAGACGAGUGGCAGCGUCACUCAGCAGAGGCGAGUGAAGCUGAGUACCUACCGACCUAACCCGCUUGUAGUCUUACCCACGGUGUCAAAGCCUCAGUAGCAAAAUGUACAAACAAACCACCACAAAAGUAGUUCCAAAUCCAAAACAAACUCUCGAAUAAAGUACAUCAAUGCCAGCGCAACAAAAACGGGAACAUUGAAAGAGAAAAUGAAGAAACUUUACAACAACCAGAAACAGUUUGAAGAAGAAAAAAAAGUUGACGCACACGUUCCAACUUCCAACCAACGUAACGAUGCAGCCAGACCAAGAACAGUCGGAGACUGAAAAUGAUGAAACGCCUCGGCUGUAUCCUUCAAUUAAAAAGAUUUUGUCGGCAGUAUGGAUGUUUAACGGCUUCACAAAACAUACGGAGCAGGUAAACCUGACACCAAUCUGCAGGUUAUGCUGUUAGGAAGUUGCAGCGCCGUUGUCUAACACUUCAAACCUACGUGCCCACCUCCAUGAACACCAUCCAGCAUCAUUCGCCCAAAUCAAGGUAAAAACAACAUGACCACAACAAGUUUGGUCUACUCUACUGCUCAAUAUUGACAACAUUAGUGACGUUUCUGCUAACUUUAGCUCCAAAAAGCGAAUGCUCCCAAUGUCGCGUUUGCUGCCUCUUGCUCAUAUUGUUUGUGUCAUGCUGUGCACAGAGAAGUGAUUUCACAGUUUUUUGCCAUUUUUAAUAACGUUACAAGCAAUGCGCUAAUAUCAUGAAAAUAUCGUGAAUCGUGAUAUUUUGGGCCGCCAAUAUCGUGAUAUCAAAUUUUUAAUAUUGGCACAUGCCUAGUGAGGUGAGUGAGUUCAUGGAGACUUUGCAAAAGAUUCAGAUGAUAUGAACUGACCAGCCAUAACAUAAACACCUGUGCAAUCUAAUGCAAUCCAAUCCAACAGCCUUGCUAUAAAUGCUACUCACAGGAUGCUGAAACUCAAAGAUCUCGUUUACAUGAAGCAAAAACUUUCUGUACUUUCCAACUGCAGACAUAGUGGAUGUCCGCUACUAUAAAUGAUGUUCCUUUUUAUUUUGUUCAUAUCAUUAAUAAACAUGAGGGGACGAAUAUCAGGAACACAUUUCUGUAUAAUGCCCUCUUAGUACAACUUGUCAACAAGUUGUAGUAGGAGGGCAUGUCAACAAAAACUGAAAAAGGGGACACAUCAUAAAUGUAGAACAUAUGGUAUUGCUUUGUUUUGCAUUGCAUCAGAUUGCCCAGGUGUUUAUAAUGUUGAGGCUGGUUGGGGAUAACAAAAGUAAAUGAGUAUAUUCAACUAAGUAUUGGUUAUCAUUGAGAUAUAGGCUAUAAAAAAGUGAAGUUAUAUUUGUGUAAUUCAUGUUUAAAGCAGUCCUAAAAGUGAGUCAGCUUAAGUGUGAUGAUAAAUACAUUACUGUGACUCAGCCUGUGGAGAGAGUCUGUCAAGUUUAUAUAUACACCUCAUUGUCAUCAGUGACUCACACUGUGGUGAAUUAAAAUCAACAAAGAGUGGAAGGUAUCUGUGAUCCCAACAGAAAACCACUAACAGAAAUAGGGUGAGGAACAAAGGUGGGUUUUUGGAGUUAAGAUUGGCUUGUGUUCCUCCACAUCCAACAUUAGCACAAAGUAGUUUUACUUUUAGAAAGGAAAACCAACAAAGCUUGAAUGUGACGUGAUAAGCACACAUGGACACGUAAGUGUGACGCUCAUUGUUUUCAUUGUAGUAGACCGCAGACAGUGAAGCUGUGAUGGCCUACUGUGUGAUUCAGUCAAAGAGUCAACAUGAAAAUUGUCACAAGUUAUUAAUUUCUUCAACAGAGUGAACGUCACACAACCUUGAUGAUUAAUAUUAGGCUUUCCAUUGUGUGUCUGUGUUUUAAUAACACACCUUAAAUAUUGGCAGGAACCGCAGCAUACAGAUGUGCAAGUCUAAAGGUGUCGCAUUGCUUUUCUUAACCAGGAUAUCGUAAUUAAUCUAUUAAAGAAACUCAGGAAAAACAUUGACCUUGGAAAUGUUUUUAUGAAGCUCCAGUAUGUCCAUCAGUCACAGACUCAUCCUGCCAACAGGCAAAUGAGGAUAACCACAAAAGGGUGGAAGUUAAAGAUUGUAAUCAUAAUAUUAAAACUAUUAAAGUAAACUACUCAAGAACUUUUAAGAAGUGGCAUCACCCAGAUGGUUCAGUGGAGGGAGGAAUGAGGCUAAGCUACUGUAUGGCAGCGCAUUGACGCCCACAGCCUCUGUUGGCUUGUAAACCUUCAAAUUUAAUGAAUUUAAGCAUCUUUAUUUAUUCAGAAUUUCUUUUUAUGUGCUGCCACAUUAAAUUUUUCCAUGUCUCCAGCUACACUGUAAACUAGGCUUCCUGAUUCAUCCCAUUCAUCAUGACAUGCUGGGGAGGGGUGGGUUGGGGGCUUGAACCAGGGUCUGGGUUUUAAAAUAGACCAAGCCAAAGUACAUUCGCAAGCAAAACAGACUAAGUUCUGUUGAUUGGAAAGAGUGAGGAGCUUGUGAACUGUGUGUCAUGGGGUUUACUGUUAGCCCCAGUGGUCACAGGACAAACCUGGGAGCAGAGAGGUUCUCCCAUCGAAAUCCUACAUUUAUUCUCACUGUGCUGCGGAGCCGUGUAAAGGUGCCUUGUGUGGCUGAACUCUAGGCAUUCCUGCUGGUUUACUGUAUCAGUAACUGGGGACUGAAGGGUAGCUGGUAGGUUUUGGGUUAACCAGGUUUGGCCCUCUUGCCGCGCACACCGCCUCUCAGGUGAACCAAACAAGUUUUAUCUGUCAGGAGUGAUCUUUUGCAAAAGCUUCCCAGCGUAUUUCUUCUCACCUUGCUUCUCAUGUGGAAAAGUAUUUAUGAAUACGUUCCCCCCCUUGGGCGCUCUGUCACUAACAGGAUGGAAAUGAGGAGUAAACAGACUUGCUGCAGUCUAGUGGCAGUGUAUGAAGCACCAGCUUAGAGGGCAUAUUGCUUCCUAUUUCUUGUCUUAUGGGGCUUCGAGUGGAUUUCCUCUGAUUGUCUGCGGAUAGUCUGGGUGCUGCAGCCAGCUGGGAAAAGGUUAUCAAGAGUAAAUAUGUGAUCUGGAGGCUCAUCAAAGCUGCACAGAUAGGCUUGUGUACUCAGCUGUUUAAAAUGUGUCAGUGCUGGUGGAAGAGAGGGAGGGGGGAGUUAUUAGGCCCCCCCACACCUGCUAUUUGUACUUUCACUUCCACACAAGAUGUAAAUUUCAAUCAGAAAGAGCUGCGUAGUGUGUGCAGGAUGAGCACGGUCAGGAGCAGUUCCCAUGAAAGACGGCCAUGCUGGCGUUGCAGUGAGGCCACAGAGGGUGAAGCGUCGAGGCUGCGGUGAUGUAACGUCACCAGGCAGCGUGUCUUUUUUUACAGGCCCGGGUGUCGGGAUUGUAUUAACAGGUAUGCAGCUUGCUGAGGGCUGCUGACAGUGUGCACUGACAAGUAGAUUACAGAGAAAGACAUAACCGCCAUACCAGCACACUGCCUGCCUUAAAUCACACCAAAGGCAUUUUAUAAUGGCUCACCAAAGGCUCUCACAUCCUCUCCAGAGAACUCUUAAAUUCUGAACACUUUGGCAGGAAAGCUCACAGUUCUUAACCCUCUAUUUUAUGUGAAAUUAUCCUGAAUUAUAAAAAUAUUAGCAGGGGAUUGAUGGAGCCACAGAUGAAAUGUGCUUUAAACUUACAUAAAAAGUUAGCUAGAGGUCAGCUAUGGGAAAGUUUCAACACUUGUUGAUUGUAUAUUUAUUUGUACAUUUUUUUUGUUGUUGUUGUUGGAAGUUAAGUAGAUAAUCUCACAAUUGUUUAAGCAAGUUUCCAGCACAAGUGGGUUCAGCUUUCCUUGAGUUGAAGGAACGGGUUGAAGACUUUGUACCUUUGUUGGCUGCACCUUUUCGAAGUAUAAAUAGUGCAAAGAAUGGGACAGUGUUAUUAACGCAGUGGAAAACUGUUGUGGUCAAGUUUUUCUGCUGUGCUUAUAUAAAGGACGAUCGGGAUGAUUUGCAAAGGAUUAGGGUCGACGAAUGAGUUUCUCAAAGCUGAUAUCAACAUAGAUUAUUAGUAGCUUAUGAGACCUGUCUGCAGUAUUUGGAAUCGAAAAUGAAAAUCUGUCUGGCAAAAUGAAGAAGAUUGCCUGGAGCAAAUGUUUAAUCAAAACUGAAGUUGUGGAUAUCACACACAGGAAGUUCCCAUUUCUAAAGAGCCGCAGGUACUACCAAAGAUGCCAAAGUUCAGAGGUUCUUGGCUAUCACUCCUGUGACAUUUAGUAAACUAGUUUGUGUUGUGGGCUGGAUAUUCAAUAAGACAGCCGCAAGUUUAAAAAAAAACACUUUCAAAUGGGAAGACAGAUAUGCAGUAGAGGGAAAGUAGUGAAUUUCAGUGAAUUGAUUAUAUUGGCAAACGAUAAAAUAAAACAUCAAUACUGAUAAUUGGACAGACUGCAAAUAUUGGCUCCAAUAAGUGGUCCGGCCAGUAAUCCAUCAACACCUUUGAAGCGCGGGUAUUUUAGCGAGGAUUUUCUCAAGAUAAAUCUGCAAUCGAGUUAUUGCCCAAACUGUGGUUUGGCUGAACGAAGCGAAGCUGAAAAACCGACAAUUGCUGAUAUUUGACAUGAGUGUAAAAAUUGUGCUUAAAUGAAUAAAUGCAGUAAUGCAAAGGUGCAGCUUUCAAAUGUUGUUGGGAAAAGUAAGAAAAAAAAUGUAUAAAAUCAAAUAAUUUUUAAUGUUAGAUAUAUAUAUAUAUGUGUGUAUAUAUAAAAAAAUGUUUUAUUACUAAACUGGAACAGUAAUGUGUCAAAAUGAUAUCAAUAUGAUUUUGUCUUAACACUUAAGUGUCACAGAAAAAAGUUAACCUUUCAUUUUGUAGCAUCUAGAUGUUUGUUUUAUUGUUUAUCAGCUCAUCCUGCCUCCAAUCUCUCAGUAUUUAGCUAAUGGUGGAUGAUAUAUUUUUCAUAGUACCCAAAAUUUGAGCUAAAAUCAUUCCAAAUGAAACUGCCAUAUUUAAGGUUUUUAAUUUUGGUCUCCAGGGUAGGGUACAAUUCAUCGUCACCUGUAACCUGUCUGUGUGUUUUCUGGCUUCGACCUGUCAAGCCUGUUAUGCUGACACUUGUGUUUGCAGUUUUAGAUACGAAGAUGUUGAGAGAUAUUUAUUUAUACAUCACUUCAUCUUGAUUACAAUCUAAAAGACGGAAAGACUGAAUGUGCUUCCCGCACUUGAGGACUGCUGUGACAUCAGGAAUUUAUAAUACCUAUUUUACACAGGAGAUGCUGGUUUGACCUGCAUCAUUGUGUGUGUGAAAUGGGUCAAAGAAAACCACUCGACUACUUGACUGUCUUUGUGAACUUUGCCACAGAUAAGUUCACUUCAGCUGCAUUUUCAAAAAUUUAUCCUAUACCUUUUUUUUAGAGGAAUGGUUACUCGAACCAAAAUACAGUUAAUGUCUUUAUCUAUAGUUUGUGAGGUGUAAUGUACAAUAGAUAGGGGUGGGCAAUAUGACCCAAAUUCUGUGAGGUCUAAUCAUAUUCAAUAAUGUAUUUUUCCAUGUAUGUAUUUAUUAGAGAGUAGUGGUAGUAGUACUAUCUUGCAGUUGUACAAAAUUAAUAGGAAUCACAUAUUUUCUCUCUCUUCCCCUUUGAAAUGAGUUUACGCUGCAAUACUCAGUUUAUGUCUGUGCAUGAAACCAGACAGAUUUUUUAAAAGUCAUUUUGUGUUCAGUUCUCAGUCAGUUGUAUCUUGGGGUUAGAGCACUGACUUUUCUACUACAUGUUUUAUUGAUUUAAAAACAAACAUAUAAUCUGGUAAAUUUGUCUUUACUUACACAGAUUUGACUGUACCCACGUUAACGAUAAUCUCUGAUGUAGUUUUAAAAGCUGAUUUAAUUAUUACCACAUAAAACGGUACAUUGCUACUGAUGGUGAAGUAAAACAAGGUGAGCAGGAUCAUAUGAAUCAACGCUACACCUGAUUGAGGUUUUUUGCCCUGCCACUUUUUAAGUCUGUGACUUUAACAAGGGGCAUCUUUUCCAUUUUUCAGUCCAUAAACGCAGCUAUAUCCAAUUUCAUGUUCUGUAAGUUUAUGUGCCACCAUCAUUUUCAUACAUUUCUCUUUUAUAGUCUCUGGUGUUUGUGUCGGUUACUUCUCCAGCUUUUUCUGUGCCUUGACACCAGAUUUUCGUUUUUUCUCUUUGCACAUGAUAACAGUUUGUCUGCAGGAGUGUGUGAGUAGAUUUAUAUCCUAGUGUGUUAUUGAAUAUAGACUAGUCCUCAUUUUUUGAAUAUUGAAGUAGUUGUUAAUUUUGGAAAUUUUGAAGGGUUCAUGAAGCAAUUAUUUCAUCUUUCAGAUAUGAUUUUCCCAUUUUAUUUUAUUAUUUUUAUCAGGCCUUGUUGGGUUUUAACCAGCACAGUGGGGCUGUAGCCCAUCUUAAAGCUGUUUGUAGGCUGUCAACUAAAUAGCGAAAGAGGAAGAAAGCAGCACUAAUGUCAGGCAAUUGUGAAACAGGUGCGGUUUUGUGGGAUUUGAAGCCACCACAGCUACAGCACAUAGAAACCAAGGUACCAAGCAGAAGGAACCUAUCUAACAAUGAAAUAGCUCCAAUUUGCCACCAAAAAUUAGUGUUGAUGUUAACAGACUGUUGCUAUGGAUUAUUGGCCAAUAAGAAGCAAGGAUCUAGGCAGGUAAUAAAUGCUACUAAAAAUGUAAAGAAACAGUGUAAUUUAAAUGUUAGUUUUACCAAACCUGACCUUAAGUACACAGCCAUCCACUUUCCUCAUUCGGUGUAAGGCAAGAAUAUGCAGCAGGCACAGUCCACACAGAAGACAUUAGUUAACUUUAUAUUUAUUUGUACAUGAAGGGACAUCACCAGUGGACUGCAGUAAUAUUUCACCCUUUGAGUCACUGUUUGUAAGCUUUACCAACUGUAAAAGCUAAAAUCCUUACACUUUGUUUGGUAAAAGGCAACAGUGGUUUACUAUGAUCUGCUUUCAGUGAUGGUUUGCAUUACGCUGUGAUGUCAAACUGUGUUAAGGGGUCAAGGGAAGCUUUCCAGGAGCUGCUGACGGGUUCUCAGUGUUCUUUUGGUUCAAAGUUAAAACUUUGCUUUACCCUGGUGGAAGUGGUUUGUGGAGAAGACCCACAUAUGUUUUAGGAACAACAUGUUUUUUUCGACCAUCUUUAAUUUAUUGUAUAUGUUCUGCAUCCCAAAUUUACUGACACCAUGUAUACUCACAACUAAGAACAGUAUGCUGACGGGACACAUCAACACAAGUGGCAAACAUAUUGUGAAAAGUAUUGAACAAGUAUUGCACAGCAGAGUGAAGUGUACAUCUUGUGGGGGAAUAUGUAAAGACAACAGCACUUAUUAAAUAAUUGUCUAUGCACACAAAAUCACCGGCCCUAGUGUUGUAUAAUUCAGAAGAUAUAUUUAAGGAAUGAUCCUGACUUUGCUUCGUCUUUCCUAAACCUCCCUGCACCACAUUCCUCCAGUAAAACUUUAUAGACCAGCAUUAAAGUAGUAGUGUGUGUGACAACCUGUUAGCUGGUCGGUGUGAGUUUUCCAUGACUCACUGCCCUCCAGCUUUUGAAGUCUAAAUCCUCCUCGCAGUGAUGUGCGAUAAUGGCCUCCAUGUUUCUGUGGGUGCUGCUGGGGCUUCAGGCUAAGUAUUGUUUAGAGAAUAGCACACAGGUGGGAGGAAAAGUUGGGAAGGCAAACACUCCACUUAUCAUUACCGAUCAUCACCAUCAGGCCUUUACCAAAAGUCCUCCUGAUGUGGGUUCAGAGUCUUCCCAGAACUCCGAGCUGUGCCGUUUUUAUCCACUCCUCUUUGUAGUUGUUUGGUUUGUGCUCACUGUUGCCCAUUUGUUUGUCUAAAUGGAUCCAGAGUUCACUGACUCUCUUAGUAACAAGAACAAAGACGCACUCAAGAGGUUAAAAACAAAACAAAUGUAAACAAAUCUGUUUUGAAUUGAACAUAAAACAGCAUAAAUACAUGUUUUUACAAUUUGUUCACAUCCAAGGCCAGACAACUGUCCUUUCUUGUCAGUCGUUUGAUCAAAGGCCCAGACGUUUUCACUCCUGCCAAAGAUAAUCCUUCAAUUCUCUUGAUUAUAGAGUAGGCAACGACCGCCACAGGUUGAUGCUUUUCCUGUAGGGGGCGCUACCUUGUGGUUACAGCUGCUGUUUAUACCCUCGCAGGCAGCAGGGCUCCAGGGAUUGCUAUGUCAGUCUGUUUGUCCGCUGUUUUGGACUGCAUGGAAAUAUCCAAACAGCUGUUACAUUAAUUGGCAUAACUUAACACACAUCCAUGGACAUCAGAAGGAAAAUCCUACAGACUUUGGUGAUACCCAGACUUGUUAUUGAAUUCGUGCACUGGCAGGUCAAUAGGCUGAAAUAGGCUGUCUUGAUUGAUCGGUGCAGAAUUUGUGACUGCCAUUCAUGGUUUUACAGGCUGUGUAUCCAAAUGUCUGUUAAUUCCCUGACUAUUUAUCCGGUGCCAAAAUGAGAUCAACAUUUUUUAGGGAUGUGAUUUGUCCGGAUUUAUGUGGAAUUCCAGAUAUGCGGAUCUGGAAAGUUGACCCACUAGACUUUGUAUAUCCAUGUGGAUGGUAGCUGGUAGUCAGCUGAAACUCAACCUGCUGGUUUUUCAGGAGACAGCUGUGAGCCUUUUUGGCUGUUUGUGUGUUGUGAACAGAGUAGGGUCUGUUUGCCGGUAGAUACCAACACAGGUGUGUUAAAGUUGUGUUGUGUCGACAUUUUGAUGGGCACUGUGUUAUGAUGUAUUUCUCAUAUGAGAUAGAAGCUAAACACUAUGUUGUUGACAGCCAGACUUUUUGGCAGACCGGGGCACAGACUUAUGUAGGGGGUGGCCAGACAGAGUAAACAAUCAGGGUUUAUCCCAGACUCUGAGAGUUAUUUCCAUAAAUCACAUCUACUGAAACUUUGACCACAAAAGCAGCAACUAUUACAUUUGAUCGGAUGGACUUUUAAUACUUUAAGAAGACAAAUAGAAGAGGUUUGUUUCCAGUACCAGCAUCACCAAAUCUUCCAUGGUGAAAUGCAAAGAAGCUUCUGGCAGCCUGUCAAUCACAGCCCAUGACUGUCUCUGGCCACCCCCUGGCUCCACCACUGCAGAUGGACUUGAUAAACAACAUUGUGCUGAAACUGUGCUCGGAAAAGUACAGAGGUUAUAGAUGGAUAGAGAUGAUUGAACUUAUUUUUUAUGUAAAAUUGUGCCAAGAGGAAGUGAUAUCUAAAAACAGAUAAGACAAAGAGGAAGAGAGAAUAAAUAAAGAUCAGGGCAUGAUGAAAUGAGACAAAUGAGUUCAUACAAAUUUACAAACAUACAGGUUUGAGAUUUUUAUGCUCAAAAUUUUCUGAAGAAGGACCCCCGGAUUCCCACUCAUUAUGAGUUCCCUGUGCUAAGUGGCUCAACUUGUUCAGGUUUUGUUACACCUAAUUGUAACCUGUAAGUUGUUCAUUUGUUGAGUAGAAAUUUAGAUAUGUGCUGCAUUCUAGUCUGUUCCUGCUAGAUUUUCCUGCUUCUGUAUUUUGCAAAUGUUAGUUUUGAAUAAAGGUCCUUUUACACCGGGACUGUUUUUGUUGUGCGAUUAUCUCAGACGUCAAUAUUUUUUUUCGAACCCGUAUUUUGUCAAUACAAGCGUUCACAUCAUUGACGUUUUCCUGUCCUGCGAUAUUGCGGCAUUAUUUUUUCGUAUCACAGUCGAUUUUUCUAAAGUUUCGCAUACUGUGUCCACCUCUGACCAAUCAGAUUGCGUGUUGUUGCAACGUCAGAUUCACCGGUAUAUCCAAUAUGGCCGACCAGCUGAUUGUUUACAUGUCGGAGAACAGAGUGCUUUUUGAUAAAAGACACAAAUAUUACAAAGAUAACGACCUGAAGGACAACUUGUGGUUCGUGUGCUUUGACAGUUUGCUAAACGUUUUUGUUUCAACUUUUAUCUGUGCCAACGUAAGCUAACGGUUGUUAUCAUAGUUCCAUGUGCUUAUCUGGUACCAGCCCCAACUCAGUACAUGUUAUCAUGACAAAAAGCCAUCUCAACAAAAGUGUCUCGUCCUCUGCCUCUUCAAACUUGGAGCUAAUUGUUUCAGCAGAACUUCAAAUUGUCCAACGGACAUCCAAAAAUAGGUUCUGAAGCGACUGUUGUACAGUUUCAGCUCCUGAACCAAGCAGUGAAACUCACCAAGUUCUAAUAUUGGACGCACCCAUGUGCUACGUUUCUUUUUCUUUUGAGAAAGCAAAAGGAGUACCAAUUCGCCAUCACUUGAAAUUGAAGUAGACUCCAUAUUUGUCUCCUUGCUUCCACCUGGGACACUGUAGGAUGGUAAGGAAAGGUCCCGCCUUCCUUCGCCUCUGAUUGGCUGUAAGUGCUGACUUUGGCUUGAGUGUAUGAUGACGUUUCCAGCUUUUCUAGACAAUCAGAGGUGAAGGAGGCUUGACUUUCCCCGGGAUGCAUCUUUUUCCCCCCCGGAAAGUUGCAAAAUUGCAUCGGGCUUGAUGUGUAUAGUCAGGCGCGUCAAAACUCGCCUCCUAAUAUUUCGUAAUUUCGCGUUCUAUAUUCGCGUAGGCCCUGGUGUGUAAGGACCUUAAGGACUUUGGAAAUAUAAGAGAUUACUAAUUAAAAAGAAAGAGUUUUCCGUCUGGAGCAAUAUUCAAUGUGUUUUAACCUACAUCUUCUGAUAGAGGAGAUAGAACUGACAGUAUUGCAAACCCGUUGAACUUCUACAGGUGGACAAGUUGAUAAACAUUAAAACACCACCCCGAUGGCUCAAUAUAUUUUAAGAAACCACACAUUAUUUGUUUCUACCUCUACGAUAGAAAAUCACUCAAAAACUUGUUUGUGUAUGUUCUCAACAAUCAGUUACUAUAUACUCAAUUAAUUGUUAACCUUCCAAGUUUUGAGUGAAACCUGUGUUGCAAUCAUUGAAUGGAUUGUGACGAAAUUAAGACCUGAGUUUCAUAAAUGUGUGUACCAGCUGACGAUAUCUCCUCUUUGUUGCGUCAUUGGAUCAGAAUUUAAGCCGAUCAAAUAUUUGUUUGAUAGCCUCACCUGCACUCCACCUUUUCAGAGCUGCUAAAUAAAUGUUAGCUAUGUCAGAUGUAAAUAUUAAAACCAACUAAACAUCAACUUUUUCAUAGUGAGGGUUUCAUCAUGUCAAUAUUAUUGCCAGAGUAUGUUUGUUAUUACUCAUGAUUCAUUCUGUCUUCUGUCUCACACAUUGUUUUACGACUAUAUUCUUUUGAUCCGAUGGCAGUGUGCGCAUGUUUAUGGAUGAUGCCUUUUAUGAAAGACUCUUUUCUCUGCCUUUGAAGUCAUUGUUGCAUAAAAACUCGGUUGAGGCGGACUAAACAAAGAGACUUUGUGAUAUAAAGUGAAAAACAAAAGCAGCAAAAUCCCGAAGGCAGAGCAAUGUAAACUUGAUUGCACUGUUAACCCGAGUUUGAAUAGGUCCUGAGGAAAGUAUUUACCCUGUCACACCAGGUUAAGUUGGCAUUGAAAAUGAAAACGGCCGGGCAAACAUGUUCUGUCAACAAGAGCACAGCUCAAGUGUACUGUCAAUAUUUAAGAUAUGUAUUGGAUAAACAUCUUUUUAUAAAUGACACUAUUUCAGGGAAGGAGAACAAUGUUUUGCAUAUUGUUACAUUCAACAGUGAUUAGUUGUGAGAUGUGUAUGAAUAAAAGAGGAAGUAUGUAGAUUAUUUGCAAAAACAUCUUCUUGUUUUGGUGUCUUACAGCUUAGCUCCCAGUGAAGAGGCAAUACUGUUUGUUGUCCCCAAAUGAGCAUGUGCAGAAAAGAACUAAAAAUGAAUGAUGUUUAAUUUGUUGUUUAGUUUAUCAUCAAGACCCCUCAUCCACAUUUUUGUGUCUUUCUGCAGUAUGUGGUCCCGCCAUUGACAUCGGAAAUGACAUCAGUGAAUUCAGGCGCCUGGAGAACUGCACGGUGGUGGAGGGCUCCUUGCAGAUCCUCCUCAUCGGUGACAAGAACAACAACAUCAACCAGGAAGUCUUCCGCUCCCUCAGCUUCCCCAAGCUGACCAUGAUCACCGGCUAUCUGCUGCUGUUUAGGGUAUCCGGCCUGGACAGUCUGAGCGCGCUCUUUCCCAACCUCACUGUCAUACGAGGUCAGAAACUCUUCUACAACUACGCCCUCGUGAUAUUUGAGAUGACCAGCCUGAAGGACAUCGGUCUGUAUAACUUGAGGAACAUCACCCGGGGAGCCAUCCGCAUUGAGAAGAACCCAGAGCUAUGCUACCUGGACUCCAUAGACUGGUCCCUCAUCAUGGACGCAGAGUUCAACAAUUACAUCGCUGGCAACAAGCAGCCCAAGGAGUGCAGUGAUGUUUGUCCGGGCAUCAUGGAGAACAACCCUCAGUGCAGGAAAACCAUGUUCAACAACAACUACAACUACCGCUGCUGGAACUCCAAUCACUGCCAGAAAGGUAAGCAGGCUGCCACACAUGACAGCUCAUCAGGGAUUUGAAAUGCAAAUAAAUCAUGCACUCUGUCUAGCCUCUGGCCUGAAUUGUGUUUAUGUGUGUGAGGGAGUGUUAUGAACUCUGUACCCACAACUGUGCUCUUACCGCAACUUAAACAGCUUUAGCUGAUGUGUUUUGGUUUCUAGUAGGUAACAGAGUAGAGGGGUGUUGUUGUGCUUGGCUGACUCGUCCGCAGAUCUUUGCUGUAAAUCAUCUGAAGUGUAAAUCUGGGUAAUAGUUUAGAUUUUAGAAAUACAAUUAUAAGUUACUUACCAGAGGAUACUGAGUACAGCAGCUGGUGAACGCUGCCCUCUGUUUGAAUGAGCCUGUAAAAGGACAUAGAUAUUAGCUAACCUAUGGACUCCUGUUACAGACCUAAAAAUGAUGUUUACACCACUUAUAGGGCCCUAUAAAAUCCAUUUUAUUUAUUUAUUUAUUUUUUUCAGUUUUAAUUUUUUGAGAACUCGUUUUUUUUUUUAGUUUUUUAUGCAAAUUUAACCACCAUAUAAAGUAAUGAAAGUAAUGGGGGUGAAGCUGCACGGUCCGCAGCAUUAGUGACCCCCUGGAGCAUUUUCCCAAGAGUUAUGUUCCUUUUUGUUCCUUUUUUCUUUUAUUUACGUAAAAUAUCAUCAUUUUUCGUGAUGUUCCGCAUUUAUAUUGAAUUACGUUUUUUAUGUCCAAUUCUGUGAUUCCGUCCACGAUUCCAUGUUCGCAUAUUUUAUGGGGCCUUACACUUACAGUUUUAAACUUAUUUUUACCUGGCAGUAUGAGACACUUUGAAAGUAACUUUCAGCUCAAAAACAUAUGUUGGACCCAACUCACAGGUGUAACUUUUCACACAGCUUUGUAGUCAUGAGACAACCUGAGAGUGAUGCUCUCACUGAUCACAUCUGAAGCCAGUUGUUAGCACUCAUACUAGCUCCCCAUUACAAGUUAGCUCUUGUUACAUUAGCUGCUGUUACAGAUUGUGGCUCAAAGCCUUCAUGGAAGGUCUUAAAGAAUAGAUGAGCCCCAGGUUGAGAUGCAAAUGGAGCUCGCAUCGGUCUUUGUUUACAAAGGGAUCAUCAGUGAAGUGGUGAGCACAAACAAUUACUUUGUGGCUGUUUUUGUCUCCACCAAAAAAACAACUUACUGCUGUUUUAGUGCCUCCAUCUUUGGGGAGACAAAAUUGCUCAAACUUUCCUCACAACCGAAAGACUGCUUACUGGAAACUUUCUGAAACAUGUAAAAUCAACACAGUUCAGGGUGGAAGAAAAAUAAAGAGGUAAAAUGGACUUUAUAAGCAAGAGAAAAUUUGAAGGAGCUACUUGGUGGGUGUGUUCUUAGUACUGCAGAAUGGGUAUGCUCUCCAACAUUGUCCUAAUAGGGUGGCACAACCUGACGGCAGGUUGAGGACAAGUUUUGCAGAGUUUUCCUCACAAGUUUUUAAGAGAAGCCAGAAUACCCAUUAAGGGAUUACACCAAAAUCAUCUCAUUUUGGUGUGUGUGUGGAGGGGUAACGACAUAUCGUUACGGUACGUUACAUUACCCACACUACUCGCUAUAUAGACCGUGUAUAAGCUUGAACGUAAUCUUUCACGUUGAUGGAAGAGGAUCCGACAGGAUUUGAUGAGAUCCUCGAUGACUCAAAACAAGUCGAAAAUAACUUCCCAGAAAUACUAAUGUCCCUCUAAUUGCUUCUUAAUAUUUUGUCUAUUUUCACAAAUUUAGACAGCCAUAUAUGUUGGCGCAGUGUUAUUUUGAUAUUCUGUACAUAUACUGUAGAUGUCAUUCUACAUGUGCCAUUCACUGUAUCAGAUCAGCUGCUAAGUGGCUAUAGCAGUCUGGACUGAAAUCAUCCUAAUUUUUCUACAUUGCUGGUCCCUCACAGUGUGUCCUGUAAUCUACUGGAGGUAUUACAACGACCUGAGGGUUGUAGGCCAAAGCAUUGCAGUCUUCUGCAUUUCUCUUAAAGGAGGUCAUAUAUUUAGGUGUCUCAUUGCACUUAUUAGGUACCAUGGAAGUUCAAUCCCAAUGCUCUCAUGUGCCUAAACAAACAGAAUUAAAGGCAUAAAUGCCUCAGAGUUUAAUUAAACUACUCCAGGCUCAGCGAGUGUGAUGUCGCCCUUUAAUUUUGUGUUUAUGACUGCAGUGUUGUUUUGCUGGUGUGUUUCAGACGAUGUGUUUUGGCUGACUGAGUGUGUGUGUCUGGCUGAAUUGUUUCCCUGGUGACUGGCGCCUUGCUGCAGACUCAGCAUGUUGAUGUUUUCAGUCUUGUGACACGGAGCUGUCGCAGGACUGGCCUGCUCUGCAUGCAUGCACAUACAUGUACAUCGAUGCGCACACACCGCCACAAAUCGUAAAACUCACUCAAAACACAGACACAGAUGCAGGCGCACGCAAACAUAAACAGACUGAAAUGGAGAUGCAAAUCUGUCUGAUACCUGGCCUGCUUUGUGGGUCGUCGGAGUGGCAGAGAGUAGGCAUGCGGCAGAAGAAACCAGGAGGUGGAAUAUGAAGGAGGAGGAAGAAAUGUUGGAUGGGUGGAGGAGGUGUCAGGUGGAGCACCGUAACUCUGCCCUGUUUAUUGUUUCUCUCUGUGAGACAACUCUAUAGAGGAUCCACAAAAACUGAGGACCUUUCUGUUUCUCUUUGUCUGGCUCUACUGAUAUAUUAUCCUGCAGAUAGCACAUGCCAAUAAGGGCCUGUCACAGGUAUUUUAUUUUCAUAUGCUCCAGGGUUGCAACUUUAUUUUGCAGGUCAUGCAAGAAAAGAUGCUAAGAGUAUUUAAGAAAUGUAGUCACAAGGGCCCGAACGAUUUAUCAGCGAGCCGAUUAAAUCGGCCAGUUUGAGCCUGUUUGCGACUAAUCGAUAAUGAGCCAAAACUCGACGAUUUUCAGCUACUUCUCUUACUGAGGCAGCUGCAUGUCUCCAGAUGAGACCGUAUUCAUCAAGUCAUGAUGAAUACGCGGAAUACUACUGAGAUGAUCAGUUGGUCUUCCUGUUGCAGGUAGGAAGUAGUAGUCUAUAGUAUAUCUACAGUAUAUAGUAUACUGUAGAUAUCUACAGUAUAUAUAUACAGUAUAUAUAACUUCAUAAAAAAAUUUAAAAAUUGGCCGAUUAAUCGGUAAUUGGAUUUUUUCCCCCCCUAAUAAUCGGUAUCGGCAUCUGCCCCAAAAAAUCCAUAUUGGUCGGGCCCUAGUAGUCACCAGGUUAAUCGUUAAGCAGAAUGCACCUCAACCUUAUCAUCUACAAUAGUUUCAGCACAGUCUGCAGUAUAGGUAACUGAGCAGCACACCUCUGCAGAUGCUGGUCUUGAAUUCCAUCGCUGGAAAAUGUACAUUUAUGCAAGAUUCACUUUACAAUUUCAUUAAGAAAACAACAGUAUGAGUACUUUUGAAUCACUCUAACUUUGUGAGAAGUUUAAAUAUGCAUAUGUAUUAUUUGGGUGUAACAGUACAGAAAACAAUCAGUCCUGUUCAGUUCACAGGUUUGAAGCUCCAAACAUCUUUGGUACAGUAAGGAAAGCACACAGACACACACACACACACACACACACACACACACACACACACACACACAAUACUGUUUUCCCCCUUCAUCAGGAACUUUGAGAACUUUAACAGCAGAAAUCUUGAUAAAUUCUCCAAGAAAUGACAAAAAUCUACACCAAAUGAGCGUAUGCACUAGCAGCUGGAGCCCCUCUCUCUGAAGAUCACAGGUUGAGUUCACGGCACAAAACUGAUCACAGGUAAAUACUGUAAAUAAAUAAAUAAAUAAAAAACCCUGGAUUUGAAUUGACAGUAUGCUGCUGCAUUUAACUGCAAGUGCCUAACUGAAAUGAUCCGGCACAAACAUGUGACCCUUUACCCCCCUCCUUACCAUAAUCAGCAAAAUUUCCUCUCACCACUCAGUUCAGAUAUCGUCCUAAACAUACUUCACUGGUGGAUCAGCGCAUUGCAAAAGACCAGGCCUGUGUGGGCGUUUCGCUCAUUUUGGUCCUGCAGCUUGACUGAUGAUGUUGCAUACCAAGGCCCCAACAGGAUACAGGUGUGAAAAGUCUGUGGACUACUGUUGUUGGUUUUGAUAGUGAUAAAAAUGUUGACAUAAAGUUCAUGUGUUGUCGGUGUUAAAGAAAUCAGCGGUAAGGAGGUCAAAUGUUACAGAAACACUACAGUUCCUCUUGAUUAAAGUUCACGAGUCUGUGUCUGCUCUGUUGAGUCUGGACUCAAACAUGUUGUUUUUCAGACAGCGGGGGCCGUGAAGGACGGGAAAUAGAUUGAGAUAUUGUUUUUUAAAUAGCCAACUCCUAAUUCUAAAUGCCUUUCCUUGUAUUACCAUUACCAGUGCUGGUGCAACAGCUGCUGCUACUACUGUUUCUCUCACUACUGCCUCAACUGCUAAACCAUCUGCUGCCACCACCGUAACUACUACUAUUACUACUAUGAGUACUUCUAAAACUACGACAGUUACUCCCACCACAGUCAUCAUUUUUACAGCUGUAUGUUUGUCACCAUAGCCUAACAGGUAAAAAUGUGCACAGACUUCUGCAAAAAAAGCUGGUGUCAGCACAGUUCGAGUGGUGUCUGUGAGAAAAGCAAAUACAUUUGUGUUAACAUAAGAGAUGGGAAAGACAACUCAAGUCUCUCAGGCGAUAGAAUUGAGUCUGCGCUGCUCUUGACUAACUAGACAGAUGGGACACUUUUAGGCAUGACUAAUUUGUUUUUGUUCAGUUUGCUCAGAGGUUGACAUGUUUUGUUAAAUCAGUUUCAGUAGACUAAAUAUAGAAGAAGUGGAGAAUGACCCUGUGAAGAUGCACAAGCAAUCAGCUUGGCUCCAGAGGGAGUUUGUCAGCCAGGGCAAAUGGGCCAUCACUUGCCUCUGCUGCUGCCUUAAAACAGCAGUGAUCUGAAACAACAUGAGCACUACCGCUCUUACUGCAGAGACUGCAUUGUUGUGCUAUUUAUUAGGCGGUUUAUUGGAGAAGUCUGGUGGCAGUAAAGCCAGGCUUCAUUAAAUUGAGGAGGGCUGAGUAGUUAAGCUGGCCGACUGAACUGUGUUCAUUUCCUAAAGUUGUUGUUCAGUGGCUCCAGUGUGUGCAGAUCAGAGGCUGUUUCUAUGUGGAGCAUAAAAGUGGUCAAAAAUCAUGGUCUGGUUUGUCUCUGUUUUUGUUGGUUUCAUUAAGGGUUAAGCAGAGGAACUAAAACAGAGUAAUUUUUUUUGUCAUUUGUUCUAAAUAUUGAAGCAUUUGACGCUGACGUGAGCUCUGUUUUGUCCUUACAGUUAAAGUUUAUGCAAUAAUGUCUCAAUGAAAUAUUAAAAAUGCAGAUAAUUCACACACAUUUACAGAUAAACAAAUGCACUAUCAAUAGAGUUUUUAUGUGAUCACAUUAAUCUAAUAACUGGGAAUAGUCAGAUUUCCACAUUUGGCCUAGUGCUUAGGAAAUACUCAUCAUAACAGAGAUGAACAGAAGAGGGCACAGUGAAUAAAGAAAAAACACUGUAAACCAUAAAUCUGUUUAAAAGAUGUUAACUUCCACAGAAGAUGAUCUGGUCAUUCUGCUCAAACCGAACAGAAGUGAACAACAUGAACGUUUAUUGGCCUAGCUACUAGGAAUGGGCGAUAACGGCCAAAAAAAUGAUUGCGAUAAGUUUUGCCAUUCUGCCGAUAACAACAAAAGUCCAGAUAAAAAAAUAUUAAAAUUCCAAUCUAUGUUUUUGACACAUUCUGUCUUGAGGACACCAGUUGGCAGAGUCAAAUAAGAUACUUAACCACAAGUUUAAUUGUUAGGUUAUAGAGAAAACUUUUUUCAACCUUUAUUAAAAACUCUUACUUCACAGAGUGAACAGAUCCACUGUCAGAUGUCAGGCGUGCCGGAUCGCACUCAUCUAAACCCCAAUCCUGAAGGAAAUCCCUCAUGUGGAGCCUUGUUUAGCAACAAGCUGCUCAGAGACGUCUUCUUCAUUACCUUCGGCCAUGUUUGUUUAUUAUUCUGAUCUGUGUGGGCUACGGCUGCAAGUUCGUCACUUGCACUUAUGUCAUCAACUUGCAUUUAUCGCGUUUAUUGUGAAAUGGAAAAUAUUUAUCAUGGAGGAAUUUUCUGAUGACAAAUCGUGAGCGCUAAUUUAUCGCCUGUCCCUAGCUACCUGUUUAAAGUCUUCUGGCCGGCGUCCCCUCCUGCUGUGAUGUAGAAGGUCCCCAUGAUCCAAGUCAAGUAAACAAUUCAGUCCACUUCUACAAUAGCUGUAUGCUUUUUGAAAGAGUUUCCUACAAUUCAUCUGUGUUGCAGGGUUUGGAUCCUCUCAGGUAAACAACCUCAACCUAAACGCUCCUAGCGAUGCAUUUAUAGUUUUGUUAGUAAUUCAGCUCAAGAAUCAGCUUAUUUAUGUAAAUGUGAAUAAAAAUUCGGGGCACAUUUCUUGAUGGGCCUCCCACCCUGAGCUUCACCUUCCAGGAUGUAACUCACAUCAUAGGAUUUUUGUGUUUAUUUUGGUGGUGCACGGUAGCGAGCUAUUUUGGGUCAUAAAGUUAACAGACUGGUGCAACUGCAUACCAAAACAUUAUCCCGUACCUGGUGGUUUGAGACGAAAAUAUACUCAAGUUGAUAAGCAAAAGUCUUUUGCAGUAUUUAUAGGACAGAAUAUUAUUGUUUUACUCUGAAUCAUGUUUGUUUGACUAGGUUGUUACCAAGGCAGCAAACACUGUGAGCAUAGAAGAGCAUGUUGAGAUGGUUCUGUUUGUCUCCUCUGAUAACGCCAUGCCUGUAUCAGGCUUCAGUAAUCUGACCCCAGAUCUUUGUCUGAAUGUGUGCCUUGCUCACAGGCCUUCUGCUGUGCUGGCAUGAGAGCCAACUUUGUAUCCACAGGCGUUUUAUUACCAGACCCGGUCUGUCAUUCAGCAGAUCAAUAAAUGACGGAAGGGAAAAGUGCAAGCCCUGUUUUCACCGAGUCUAAAUAAAGGACAUGCUUUCAGUCUGAACUCAUUCAUAAAAGUGCUCCAGAGCAGAGAGGGUUCAAAGCCCGUCUGCUUCUCUGGGAAAGUCGAGUGUUUUUGAGCUGCAGCAGAAGUGGGGGCUUCAUUCUCCCAUGUUUACUUCCCUCAUUUGUUUUUUGGAAUCUGGUUUGGGUGUUUUGUCUCGUUCAUAACUCAUGGGUUCCUUCUAAAGAGGAACCAUGUCUGUGCACGCUGGGAGCAAACACACUGUCUCACUCUCUCUCCAACACACGCUCACACAUUGAACAGCAUGGGGGAUGUUUUUCCGGUGCUUUGUAUGGUCUGAGGAGAUGAAAGCACAUCAUUAAAGUACAAAGUAGGUCUUCUGGGAUUUACUGGAAGGAUUUUUUUUUUGUCUUUUGUUAACCCUUGGUUGAAGGGAUUACACAUUAAACUACAAGGGUUGUCUACGGGGCUGUUACUCAGCUUUCAGCUGGAUUAAUUUACAAUACUUGACAUGUCUGUGUUUGCUCAUUUAGCUGACUUAUUAUCCUAAUGAGACAAUGGACCUGUAUGAGUCAUUGUGGUUUUGUAAAGGAAAGUUAGUGUGUGUGCACUUCAAUACUAUCAUUUUUGUGUUGUUGAAGUUCAACAACUAUGACUUACUCAGCUCUAACGUUGUAUGAGGAAAGGAAACUUGAUACCUCAUUUUGAUUUAAAGGUGCAGUGUGUGGAAUAAAGAGGCUUUAAGCAAAGCAGACUUUGUAGAAAUGGAAUAUGCUUUUAAUAAGUUUAUUUAAGCAAGUGUGUAUCUACCUGGAUAUUACAACUGCUUUUGUUUUUGUUGACUCUGAACGAGCCUUUUCUGUUUCCACACUAGCCACCACUGUCUACUGCUGUGUGUUUACACAGUAGCACAGAGCAGACAAGCCUUAAACCAUAUGUGUUUUGUUUACCCCAAAAGCACUGUUUGGAAGAUAAAGAAGAGAGUGACUGUUGUACGAAAGAAUUCACAUUAAUAGACAUUUUUGAUUGUUAAAAACUUAAAACUUACAGUGUUUCCCCUAGAAUUUUGUUACCCCCACUCUGUUGCCGCUCCAGGAGCUACGCUGUUACAUUCACGUUACGUUACCUGUGCCACUCGCUAUACAGACCGUGUAUAAGCUUAAAUGUUACCCUUCACAUUAGUGGAAGAGGGUCCGACAGGAUUUGAUGCGCUCCUUGAUGAUUCACAACAAGUCGGAAAUAACAUUGUGUGCUGUUGUGCUCACACAGUGUGAGUAGAAAUCAUUAGUGCUGCAUUGAUAGGAAUGCUACUAAUGCUAUUAAUGCUACUCGCUAUAGAGACCGUGUAUACCCUUGAACGUUACUAACGGUAUGACUCCUUGAGCAACUUGAGUACCGUACUUUACUUAAAAAAAACAUUUGCCUUGAAGCUUCAUUUAAAUCGAUUUAUGAAUGAUUUGUAAGAAUAAUAUAUGAAAAACUCGGAUAUGAGGAAUAUCAUAAGUAAGUACAGUAGCUCUGGUUUUAAUUUAGGAUCUGAAGAUUCUCAUUUUCAGCUAGAUUUCCCAUGUGGCGCACAGAUGUUGUUUUUUGUUUUUUGUUUUUUUCUUCCCAUUAUUUGUUUUUGUUAUUUUUUCUUUGCUUACCACAAUAGUAGUGUAAUUUAAAAAUAUGCUGGGUUUCCAAAUGCAUGUUAGUGGACCCAGAACUUCUGUCUUCCUUUGCUGUCUGCAUCUCAGAACAGGGCCGUGCCUGACCCGUGCCAAAGUAAUGUAAGUGUCACUUUACACUGAUGCACACUCACAAAAUAACAGCAGCCAUCAGCACCAAUACUGUCUGAGUAAACAACUUCAUCCAGUCGGGGUUUCUUUGUCUUGUUUUGUUUCUAAUUUUAAUAAAUUACACCGCAUAUCUCCUUUUCUAGAAAUAAAUCUCACUCCAUUGCUUUCGUUCGGUCCCUCACUCAGAUGUUUUGAUUGAAUAAUUCAGCAAAUCACGUCUUACAGUAAUUCCUCGUCUCCGAGAGUUUCUUUUCUUUCUGUAAAAAUUAGUACUGCUGUCAUUUUUUAGGUAAAAUGCUGAAUUCAUUGCUGUGGCGUCUUUGAAGCCGGACGUGUUAGCUGACAUGCAGGCAGCACACUGUCAGCUGUCUAGCAGGAAAACACAUUUGGGUGUAUGCGUGUGUGAGUGUGUUUGUGUGUGUAAGAGAGAGCGCUUCGGAGAGUCCGACAGAGAGGGAGUGAGUAAGUUGUGGAGUCAGUCGCUGCCCCCUCCUUCCCUCUCCUGUUUUCUGGCUGGUUUUGGAUGUGGUAGAUCCAGUGUUUAUUUACUCAGUGCUUCUUUAGUGCGAACUCUGAAGCCAUUUUUAAACAUGUAUUUUAUUUCUCAAUGUGAACUUGCCCUUUUUUUUCCUCUUUCAACUUUACUGAUGUUUUUGGGGUUUUGUGCUGUUCUUGACCUUAAAAGUUUUGCUCUCUCUGUUAAAUUAGAUUGUUUGAAUGGCUGUAGAUUUAUUAUAAAUUCAGUGUUUGGUUGUGUUUAGGGGACCAAGACAUGAUUGCAUUCAUUGCUGAGCUGCAGUAUCAUCAGGUCAAGAUGUUCCUGUCAACAACAUCCUUCCUCUGGCCAGCUUGCACUUUGAAGAACAAUUAAAAGCUCUGUAUCUACUGUGCUGUAAUCUCACUUGUUAUUUUCCUGUUUUCCUCUGGGAGCGAUGCAGCUGUUGUGGGUAUCAGAUAUACAUAAGCAGUAGGUGUAACGCAGCGUGACUGCAGAGUUCGAACAAAGAGAUGGAAAGCGCAUGAAUUCAAACCAGUGAAGCGUCUUAAGGAACUGAAACUUUACUCAUUUAUUCACAACUUUUUGCCUUGAAGGUACUGAAUGACUGCUGCACUGUGUGUAGGAGGCAGCUGUGUUGGAUAUAUCUGUGGGAAGUUAACAAGGCUAAGUUUGUCAUACUGAACUAUUUAAUUAUUUUAUAACCUGAUGUGUACAAUGCAUUUCCUCCAAUGAAGGGGGAUGCUAACAAACAUGAGGAGUUACUUUAGUGAGACAAAGAGGUUAAUUUUAUACUUUCUUAAGUUCAAUUAAUCGACAUGUACUGAUAGUGUCUCUAUGGUAGCAGGCUACCAUCAGUAAAACUGCUUUUAAAUUAGUUAAAUUAGUUUUAUGAUUAUCAGAUUGAAUUAAAUGUGGUGAGCCCUCAUUUGUGUGUGCGCAGAGUAGCUAACCAAAUGUAGCUGCAGAUAAGGAGUUUCGGAUGAUACGGUUUGACAGCUUUUCAUAACACUAUCUUCCAUCUGUAACUACUGGAGACAACACCUGACAACCAGGUUUGUCAGGUGUGUUUCCAAAAAACUUUAGUAGGUAUCGCUGCAAAUCAUUAAAUAUUAACAGAUAGUGUGUGUUUGAAGAUUUGUCACAUCUAAGAUCAUCGAUUUAGGAAGUUAUUGGAGAUGAAGUAGAGACUUCAGAUGCAGUCAAACACCGCUGUGUUUUCCCCAGGAGUCGUAUAUAAUUUAGACAUGACAGAGGAAGAAAACGAGAAAUACUCAAAGACAGCUAAGGUUGGUGUUAGAGCUUUGUCUUUCAAAGUGUAAGUCCUUUAUUCAUGUUUGAAUCAAAAGAUACUGUGAUUCAGGAGAUUCAGAUGUUGUGUCUUUGUAUAUGAGUGUAUAGAAAGGUGGUUAUAAAACACAUAGCUCUACUUCCUCUGACACAUAUUACAUAAUAACAGGAUCUGUAGCAUACUCGAGAUGUCCAGAUACUAUUUUUCUUCCUUCCUGAAACUGAUUCUUGUAACAAUUGGUGAAUCACUGGAUACGGAGUACAGAUCUGAUAUCAGUGUGGGACUUAAUAAAUCACAGCUGUUCUCUGUUAAUCCAGUUUGUUAGUCAUAGGAUUGUCUUCGAUUUGGACUGGCCGGCUCGGAGGAUGAAUGAUGGGCAACUUUCUUUUACGAAAUGAGAAAAAAACAAAAACAUGUGAAACUGAGAAUGAAAAAAACAUCAUUAUGGAGAGGAUUUGUUCCGCUGAUAUAAACUUUUAGGAAAGUACUUUGUUUUUAACGUGGAGCUGCUCCAGUCAUUUUGUCAUGUUUUCAGCAGUUAUAUAUCUGGGUCAAUGUCUUUUAUCUGGAUAAUUUGGCCCCUUUUGAAAACUGAUUGUUUAAAAGAGCUUUCAUGAUGAAGAAUUUCAGCAGAAGGUCAUGGCCAGGAAUUGAAUUAGUAAUGACUGUGAUAAUAACUUGGAUCAUUAGGUCAUCUGAACCCUGUGCAACUUUUUCUGAAGCAAAAAUUCAGUGCAUUAUGGGAAGUAUCUACAGAAGCGUAUUGCAUUUAUCUAGAAGAAAAGAAAACUGUCUGCUCUGAUUUUCCAAAUUAAAAGAUAAUUAUGAAAAAAAUCUCAGAAUUUUGAAUUUGAAACAAAACAGAGCAAAUAAUUGCAGUUUUUCGGAAUCAAUUAAAAUACAAAAUUAUAAAUGACAUGACGAGAAUUGUGUUAAUUAGAAUUAUAAUGAGAAUAACAGAAUUACAAAAAGUUUUUUUUAUAAAUAAAAUAAAUUCUGCCCCUUUUAUCUGAAUUAUCAAGAUGAUAAUCUCGUCUAUUCAGAAAAUAGCAGAAGCAUUUUACUAAUAAAAAUGGUCAAAGAUAUUUAUCUUGUUGUUUUAGGAAAACAGAGCAGUUUUUUUUUUCCUCAAGAAAACUCAAGUGAGCGAAAUACUCCUCCAUAAGUUUUUCAUUGAACACUUAAAGUAACAAUCUAAUAAGAUUUUCUGAUUUGAUUUAGAGUUGUUCUGAACAUUUUAAAAAUAUUAUUAUUGAAAAGUGGACAAAAAAACAGGAACAUUAACAAAAAUAAUAGAUGAAAUUUUGAAAAAAGUAGAAAUAAUUUCUUAGAUUUAUACAUGAAAAAGUAGCAAUAUAAGAAUAUUUUUUAACCCCAUCCUUUCUCUAUUCAGCUGCUUUAUAAAGAUAAAUAGAUAAUUCAUGAUCAUUUAUUUAUAGUCUAAUGUAACAAGUUAUAUAACUAAAAUUUCUGUCUUAACAGGUAUAACAUAAAAUAUUACGAGCAUUGAUUGUACAUCUUAAUCAGAUGGACUGUGUUUUUUAAAGUAAGAAAUUUUGCUUCAUUUGCAAAAAAAUAAAAUAAUAACUGUCACUCAGAAAAAAAGGGCAAAAGUAAAAAAACAAUUUAAAAAUAAUAUACAAAUAAUAAUAUACAAAUAAUAUAAAGAUAAAGAAGUCUCACACACACACACACAACUAAGCAGCACAGGUUACAUCAGUGACAGUGUGUGAUGACAGUAUGUGGUGUAUACAUUAUGUGAGGUUACAGGGUAAAUGGUUAAGGAAGUUCUGACCAGAGACUAAACAUUUUUCUACUGACAUCAACAGGACUUGCUCAUACCUAACUUUGCAGUUAACUAUUUUUAGACGGUUCAAAAGCAACAUGAAUAGGUCACCAUGUUGGCUACGGUUUAACUGCUUAUGGUUGGGGUAUUUAGCUCGUUGGAUCCUUAAUUUUAAGAGGUAGUCAAUUGACCAUAUUUGAUGUAAUGUUGAGAUUUGACCCACUCUUUUUCUAGGGGAUGAAAAAAGUUCAAAUGUAGUCACUCAAAUUUGUUAAAUUUGUCCUUGUCUUUCCUGUCCUCACCUUUACCUGACUGUUUAAAAGAGUUGUUGAUCAAAACUAUGAAAUCAUAACAUACAAUGAUCCAGAUCUACUCAUGCACCCCUUACCCUGACCCAGAACCCGGAGGCUGUCAGGCUGGAUAAUUAUAGGGACGGCUUUGUAAACCAGGCACAUCCAUGACUACUUUUAGUGAACAGUCACACCCAUCCCUGGAAUUCCUGGAAGAGAACAUUGCUGGUUUGGCUGUGUUGAAGUGCCUACUGUAAUUAUGUGGCCUUUAAUUGGGCUCUGUUAACACCGUCAGAUUGGGAUGAGCUGUAACUGGGACUCGGAUGAGUCUUUUGACCAGUUCGAGGAGUUCAUGUCUGGUUGUAAAGGCUCAUUUUCUUCCUUUCACUCCGCCUUGUUCGCAGCAAAAUUAGGAUGAGAGACUGAGAAGAGAGAAAAAUCACUAGUAAAAUGUUUUGUGCCAUAUGAGUUAAGUUUUGCGCAUGUGUUUAAUAGAAGUUGUAUUUUAUGCUUGUCAAUGUUCAGCAUGGAACCAACAAGAGCCAAUGAGGUAGGUAAAGUAGGAGGGGUUGAGAGGAUGUACCUCCACUUUGCACACACACAUGCUACAAUGAUGAGGGAUUUACAAGCUAGAAGAGAACCCGGGCCAGCCCCUUUAGGCAUAACCUUUGUAUGCCAGGUAUGCGUGUAGACCGCGAGGCAUAUGCGCCCCAUCAUCAUCCAUUUCUCAUGAUGAUCAGAGUUGUUUUUAUCAAAGUUACCAACACUGUGACGGAAUCCUUGGCGUUUAAAGUUGUUUGCAAACACAGUAAAACAAGCUGGUUUAUUAAGUACUUUUAAUGUGGAAACUAAUUUAAUGAUAGGAUUUAUGUGUAGAGAGUGCCACAACCCGGUCAAAAUCAUGGUUCUCUGACUUUUCAAAGUAUCAAGGGGGGGAUUUAUUUCAUUUAUUUUAUUAAUUAAAUGUAUUAAUAAGAAGCCUACACAUUAUGGACAAUGAAUUUCAGCGUUUAUACAGCAUUUCAAUUUCAACUGAAAUAUUCACAUUCAUACAAGCCUUUUAUAACUACGUUGCAAUUUUACAACCAAGCUGUAGUAGGAACCUUUAAUCGUGGAACUGGGCGCCAUUCUCUUGACUUUCUGGCGUUCUGCCUCAGUCGGGGGAAGCACUUCGUUCAGGAGAAAAGAAAGGUGUGUGGCUGGUGAUAAACUGAAGCAUCCAUACUGACUGAAGCGAGCUCGCUGAUGCUGAAGCUUUUGCAAACCGCGAGAGGCAAAGAAUUGCUGAGCUGUUGCAAAGAUGGCUAGUAGUGGAAGUGACAUACGUUUCGCACAUGCGCAGUACAAAUGAGGUUUCCAGGAUGGAUCAGGUAGCGACACCUCCUCCUUCUACCAAGGUGACGUGAGCGCGUUGUGUCACCUCGAAAAUAACCCGUUCGAAACAGUGAUGAUUUUAAUUGUGGUACUCGAGGAAUUGUUUCAGCCCUAAUAUGAGAAGAUAAAAGAUCAAUCCUUAUGCCAAGCCAAUCAGAGUUUUGGUCGAUUCAGCAGGUAUUGACAAAUAAUUCGACCGGUCGACUAGGACUUUACAGUCCUAAAAGAUAGCUGGAUAAAUGAAGGAAACACCAGGCUGGAAACAUGCUGGAAAUGUACUGAAGGUCAUUAGUGCAGCCAUCCAUCUAGGCCAGGAGUCCUCAAGGUGAAAGGGAAUUUUAUACUCUGCCUCCUGCAUCUUCCAUUGAAUUCCAGAGAUAUUUCUGUCUUCCCGCGCUAGGAAAACACGCAAACACAAAGACUCAGGAAUGCAGACAACUUUCUUUUUUUUUUUGCAGCCUGUGUGUGUGUGUGUGUUCAGAUUUUGUAAGUUGGUUUUCUUUGAGAAUAAUAUCAAGUCAACCUAGGCUUGACACAGACUGUAAAUUUACUCACUAGGAUGGAGAAAUUAACCCGUUGAACUGAGCUCAGAUUUAAAAACAUUGAAAAGCAGGAAAAACACGUAGCUGGUUAUUUGAAUGACGCAAAUAAUAUCAUGUCAUCAUCAUCGUGUUUAGGAGACAGAGCAGUUAAUGAUUCAGUGUCUUAUAAAAACAUUGAUAGAGAGAGGUCCAGUCCAAGGGAAAAGUGACUCCAACUGUGAGGUUAUUGAGGUUACAAGAUUAGAGUAUUAGGUUGGUCUUGCCUAGUGGUUUUGGCUCAGUGCCUUGAACAGAAACAAUGACCCUCAUUUCAUACCUGAGCCUUUGUCACCAGCAAAGAUUUCAACAGUUCUGCUGUUUGACCGACACAUGACCCUGAGCAUCAACACGGUCCGUGUUCCUGAGUGCCUGUAACCACUUGUGAUAUCUGUCCUCAUUGUGAGUUACUGUUCGGCUGUGGGUAUGAAGAAAGAGCUGAUGUUACAGCUCGGUGUAAACCUCAUCCUCCCCGUUAUUGUCUGGCCCGUGUGGAGACUCUGGGGACCCGAGUAUUCGAUUUGUCUUGUCUUUUCCAGGUCAGUCAGCAGGGGGAUGCCAGGAAUUCCUACUGUCAGUAGUUAUCCUGAAGUGUCAGCUGAUCUGACAGAUGUUUGUUCACUCCGAGUUCAACUGUUGGCUCUGUUUAGAUUAACUUUAACGGAAUAUUUGUCAGAUGCUCUCACAUACACUUUGACUACGAGGUAAUUAAAGGGUUUGUGAUCUGCCUCGUUGUUCUGACAGCAGGCUGUUGCUGAAUGGCUGAUGAGCUGUUUCUUUUCAUUCCUGUUGUGUCGUGCAGGAGGAGAUUUCAUCGAAUGAAAAGCAGCUGGAGAAGUUGUGCUUGUUAUCAUGUAUGUUAUGCCUUCCUGCCUUAACCCUCAGGAUAUAGUCUAACUGGGAAAGAUUGCAGAUAAAUAACUAAAUGAGCUUUUAGUGUUUGCAGAUGGAGAGCUGGUAAAGCACUCAUACGCUGGAGGAUAGUGUUGGAUAUGAAGGCAAGGAACAGCUGUGUGCCGUCGUACAAACUGACCAGAGAAGAAGCUGGUGUCCUCUGACUUUGUUUUGCAGGAAACAUUCACACUUGGUUCACAUUUCAUCUCCUACAAAUACCCUUUAGUAACAUGCCACUAAUUUGGGGAGACCUUUGGAGGAAUUAAGCUCUCUGUUUUGAAUUUUUUUUUAUGUGCCAUGGAUUUUCCAGAACUAUAACAGACAGAUGCUAGCCCAGACGUGGUCAGUCAUUUAAGAAAAAAAAAUCUGUUUCUAACCUAAGUUACCAGUACUAAAGCUCAACUUCAUUUCUGCUACAUUGAAGCUCACUUUUAAUCAUUAGAGUAUUGAAUGUACCUUAUUAAUCCCAAACUGUAUAUCUGCAGCUUUCGAACCAUAAAUUCUAAAUGGUUGUUUUAACCUUAUACCCAUAUAAUUCAAACUUUCUUUUGAAUAUUUAUCCAAUAAUUUUAGAUUUCAAUUAACAAGCAUGUUUCCUUGAGUUCACUUUUUUGAAUACUGAACAAAUAAUCACCUUUAACUAAAUAAUCGGCUGUUAAUUUAUUGAAGUUUUUGUUUUAAAUUUUAGAUGAGUCUUAAAUGCAAGCUCUAUGAGGAUAAUCAAUGUUUAAGACUUUAAUAAUGAAGCUUUAUUUUCAGCCUUAUUGUUUAUUUAUUUAACUCUUUAUUUUACUUAAUAUUUAAGACUUAAAUCCCUAAAUUUGAGUUUUAUUUUUCAUAACUCUGGACUUAAACUUACUUCUCAGAGACAAGUAACUCAUUAAUUUGGAAUUUUUUUUUAACUCCUUAUCAGUAUUUUUAGCCUUGUUAUUUACAUCAUUUAACUUUUAUUUAUAAUUAUUUAAAUGCAAGUCUAUUUUUUUUUUUCAAUCUAUCUAUCUGACAGAUAGAAGGCACAGCUUGAGUCCCCACAAGAAUUCAGUUCAGGUCAAUCUAGUGAGUUUUAUUGGCAUGAAUGUACAGGAACAAUGUUGACAAAGCUUUCAUAACAAAUUCACAAAUUCAUUGAUGUUCAUAAUUAUAAAAUUAAGGUUAAUAAAAAAUGUAUAAUGUCAAACUAAACACAUAAUUUAAAAGCUAAAGAGUAGUCAUAUUCAAAGUUAUACUUUACAGUAAUGGAAAUUUAUAUAAAUGUGUUUAAUUUUAAACUUAUUUCAAAAUUGUGUUACACAUCAAAUUUCAUACAUUAUGUUUUUAUGUAAAGUAUUUCAAGUAUUUUAAUUAUUUCAUACUCUUAACUAACUUUGAUUUAAAAAAUAAAUAACUUUUUUCUUCUAUAGUUAUUUUCAUUUAUACCAUAACAUCUUUUCAACUAUGAACAAGUUGAAACAACACCCAGAAAGGCUGGCAAGUAUUGUUAGCUGACUCUUUCACAGAUUUCAGCAACCCUCAAUCUAUUUAGAAAAGUGUUUUUUAACUUAAAAGCACAGUUGCAGUUAUUCAUCUAUUAAUUUAGCGGUCUGUUUAAACAUUUAGCCAUUAGUGUUCACCAAAUAUCUCAGCUGUUCACUUAUUGUUUACAGCUGAAUCUGUCGUAUAUUGUUCUUUGUGUGUAAUUUUAUUGUACCAUUUCAUAUUUUAUUGACAUCUUUUGUUGACGUCUUGUUGACUUUAUUGUUUUAAAUUCGAGGAUUUGCCCCCAAGCCUCAGCACCUAGUUAAGUGUAUUUACCUGUAUUUAUGUUACCUUAUGACCCUGCAGUUAAAAAAAAACCCACAAGAGUCAGACUCAAACUACAAGUCGAUCUUUGUGUUCUGUUUUCUAGAUUUAUGUGUGACCCUCUCUAUAAUGACCAACAGGGAAGUACAUGUCCAGCUUCUCAUUUCUAACAGCAACAUUGUUCCCAGACUGUCUCACCUCUGUUAGUGUUCUUCCUCAUAAACAGACUGUAAUUAUCAACAGGAAGCUUUAGACCACACAUCUCCUGUGGGAUGUCUCCUCACAGUCUGCGGAGCGGAGGAGGAGGAGCAGGAGGAAACCCACCACAACCUUUGAUACUCCUGUCAGACACACUGUGCAAACUACAUCCCUCUACCUGUGCUGCACAGCGCCUAAACUCCGCGUUCAUAUAAGUUAUAUCUGAUAAAGCUAAAAAAUGAAAAACAUUUUGUACAUUAUUAUUAAUUUAUCUGUUUAAUUGAUACAGGACCUAAUGAAACACCUUCUCUGAGUCACCCAACCAGCGGCCAAUAAAACUCCUCUUCACCAGCCAAUGAAUGCUGCACCUCCUGUGUCCUGUUUCCAAUAAUUGUUCCAUCCAAAUGGUGCACAGCUUUUGAACAAACGACCAGAUAAUCUACCAGAUACAAUGCGAAACAGUCCGCAUUAUAAUCUCAGUCUAUUUUAGUGGGAGACAUUUGUGAAUGGUCUCCAGCUCCCCAGAAGAGCAAAGGGCUUAAGGCGAGUAAGUGCAUUUUAAUCAAUGAGCACUGAGGGAAUAUUCUCGAGAGGGCGCGGAGAGAUUACAUAACUGGAAAGAAAUCCUAUAACUCUGGUACAUAUUGUUAUUUAGUUUAAAUAUAGGGAUUGUAUUAGGACAUGGAUUGUGGCUGCUCAAACACAAACGCAACUGUUGUUGUUGUUGUCCUCACUCUUUUUGUUGUAGUCACUGAAACACAGAGGGAGCAGCCAGAUCGGCAGGUUGUGGAGUCUGUGGCCUUUCUUGAGCAGUAGACCAGUUGAGCUUACCGGUUGGUGGUCAUGUCUGCUGUCUGCUGGGCGGCUCAAUAGGUGAACAGUACAGUACCCGUCAAGCAUGUGGAACUGUGAAUGGGCUGAUGAAUGGAGAUCCUUGUUCCCCCGAUGCGAAUCAGCCUAUAUGGACAGCACUCUCUUACACUAGAGACUUGCUGACCAGUUUUCUGAAUGACUGCUUCACUGACUCAACCUACACACUGACAGACUGUCUGGAGGUAAAAGAACAUGCUUUGUGUGAGAGUGGGAACAAAACAGUAUUGUUGUGCUUCAUCAUCAGCUUCUGGUGCAGUCUGAGGAGACGGCACUGGGGCUGUUUGUUCCCCCUCGAUUCAGCCCGAGCAGUGGACCACACUGGAGGGUCAUAGAGGGGUUUUGAGGAGAGCAAAACAGUGGAUGUAAACUCCAUGAUAGGAGUUUGAAACUGUGAGAUGUUUUUGGGGGAAAGAACCGAAUUUAAUUCAGUGAAUGAGUGGUUUAAAAAGAGAAACUCCCCGUGCUUUUUUUUAGACCAGUUUGAGCUCAGCCUCACAGUUAAGCACAGGAAGUGAAUGAGGCUGAAUGGUAAUGAAUGAAGCCAAAGAGAUCAAUAUUGUUUUGACUGCUGAUCAGUAGUAACAGAGACAGUCAUGUGUUGUUGUGGGUUUCUCCUCUCGCAUAAGGAUGAGUGGUUCAUUAAGUCUGUUUUAGAUCAUUAUGGUUUAAAUAUGAAUCAACAGAGCAAUAUCUACUGCAUGGCAUUUCUGUCCUGCUUUCAGAUCUCUUCUUUCUGGAUCUGGUCUUAUUUAUUUGCAUUAUUCCUGCUGUGACAGAAGACAUAUCAUGGUCUAUGACUGCCGAGGAACUACGAAGGUUGUGUGUGUAGAUGUUAGUUCCUGUACUAUCCAUUUUAAAUUAUUAAAAAUAAUUUUGGAAUGACAUUAAUUCUAAUCAUUCUUUUGUUUUUUAUAACAUCUGAAAUAUAACCUACAUUUGCUCUUUAAACUGAGUCUGGUGAUCACAGAGCAGACGCGCACAGGAAGUUGAGGGAGCCUGAGGGGGUCUGUUCUUGGCAGCCGCUGUCAUGAGGGCAACUCAGUUAUCGAUUGAAAAAAAAAAAAACAUAUCAACUAUCAUGCUUUUUUUUUUUUUAACUUCCUGUUCAAGUGAAGCUACUGAUUGAAUGCAAAACCUCCUUUAAACAUGAUUACUCUUUUUAAAUAAUUCAUAUUUAAAAAAAAAAAAAAUGUAAAAAUUUGUCCCAAUUUUCUCUCUACUCUUAAAACUUUAGAGAUGUUAUUUUGUUUUUUACUUUUACAAAAUCCAAAGAGUUUCUUUAAUGUUUAUUUUUUAUUAUUAUUAUUCUUUCAUUAUGUUUCAUAAAAAAUACUAAUGUCACAUACCUCCCUAAUAUGCUUUAGAAAAGUGGUUUCCUACCUUUUUUUUCUAGAAAGGAAAAGCAUAUAUCCCAGAAAAGCUAAACCCAGCUAUAGGACUAUCUCUGAAAAAGGUGAAACUUAAACAUGAAUUUUGUUACUCCCACCAAGAGAGGUGAGGAUUUUUCUUUUUUUCUUUCUUUUUUUUUAACAGACAGCAAGCGUGUUAUUCUUAUUGUAGUUAAUGUGUGCUAAUCCAAUUUUGACAACCUCAAAGUCAACGAUGCUUCACCCCCUUGGAUUUUUGUAGGGAAAUCUAGACCCCAAGACUAAGAACCAGUGCCUAAAACUGACUGGAGCCACUGUGUUUUGUGGUAUAUUUUCUUGAGUUAGGUAACUCCUCCUCUGUACUCUCUAGAUCAGUGGUUCUCAAGUCCAGUCGUCGAGGCCCACUGUCAUGCAUGUUUUAGAUGUUUCCCUGCUCCAACACACCUGAUUCAAAUGAUCAGCUCAUUAUCAAGCUCUGUAACGAGCUGAUCAUUUGAAUCAGGUGUGUUGGAGCAGGGAAACAUCCAAAACAUGCAGGACAGUGGGCCUCGAGGACUAAACUUGAGAACCACUGCUCUAGAGUGUAAAAAACACAUGAAAGUUCAUGUUGCUGACAUUGUCACAAAAUUUAAAACAUGCAUUUUAGUUCAUUAAAGAUAAAGGUCUAUAAAUAUUGUGAAUAACGUUAAUUCAGUGCAGGCUUGAUGUUAACUCAGCACAAAGUCUAACUGUCAUCAAAUGUUAUAUUUGUGUGUACACACAGCUGGCUAUGACUAAUAUUUUACUAGAAAAACACCUGAUGAGACAUCAGAAAGGGAGGAGGGAAGUCAGCAAAACGAGCAUUAGCUCAUGUGUCUUAUGCCUAUUCCCGAAAAAUGGCCAAACAUGACCAGACGUGACUACAAGUAAAGUCUGGAGAACUCAAGCUCUUAGUCACGUUUAGAUUUUUAUCAACAGCAUUUAUGGUUUUCCAUUCAGGGAAACAGCUUUCAAACUUAGUCUUUGGUUAUCGUAAAGUAUCUUUUGCCAAAUCUUCACACACAGACUCUCAGUUUUAAAUUGGAAAACAACACUUGUCAAUUGCGGGACAGUCGGCCUCGUGACCUGUUCUUUGAGUUUGACGUGACAGAUGAUGAGGUUAAGGAUGGGGAGCAAAAGGUUACCAUGUAGACUCAUUUGUCCCUGAAACUAGAAUGAACAUCUGUGUCACCUUCAGCCGUUACAGAUCCCACUCUUCUUUUCCCCAGAACAACCUUGCUUGAGUGGGUCUGUUUUGAUGCUGGUCAGUUUACACAGAGGAAUAAAGCAGGAGCAUUAUUACAGCAUCUGUGUCUGUUUUGCUCUCCUUUUAACGCCCCCAGGAUUUAGUCUGAAAACGAUUAAGAAAACUUUAAAAUUUUCAGUUGAUCAUUUCAUCUAAAAGAGGAAGGACAACAUCAAAGACCUAUCUGCAGUUUUGAUUGUUUACCCCUCCAAUCACUCAUGACUGUGGAGUCCUGUUUGAUUCAAGCAAGCUGCUGCCAGAGUAAAUUAGUUCAGGAGCAACAACCCAGAAACUUUCCCGCCUUUUGGCUGGUGACUGGUGUGAGUUUCCCAGCCUACCUUCCUGCUGGGCUGGUAUUUCUAUUUCCCUGGAAGCCCUGUAUCGGCUUCUCGACCCACCACAGCGGUCAUUACUCCACAGCCAGGAUUACAAAAUGGAAAAGGUGUGCUAAAUACACUUACUACUACUAAUAACGACUUAAGAUAUAAGUCUACACAACCCGACCCUUGAUUUUCAAUCUCCCUUUGGACUGAGGCAGGUUACCAGGACGUAUAAAACCUGUGCCGCUGAUGCUGCGACCGAAUUUUCUAACAACAUUUAUAAAAAAAGAGAACAAGCAGGUUCAAGGCGCCACAAUGUGAACCCAUAUCAGCUAAAAUUAAUCAGCACAUGCAUUCACAAAGAGUAACAGGCCCUUUUUAAAUCAAGACGUGUGUGUGUGUGUGUGUGAUGAGUUUUAAAGACGUGUAGCCCAGACAACACCUAAUGUUUAAAUUAAAUCAGCCUAUUAAUGGUCAUCAUGCUGUGAGACACUUCCUGUUCAACACCAGUAUAGCUCGGUGUUGGUGUCAGUUUGUGUCGUCUAGCUCCCCCAGCUGGCAGCCCUGCCAAGUAGGUGUGUGUGUGUGUGUGUGUGUGUGUGUGUGUGAAGCGUUUAAAAAAGAUGUGAUAUGUUAAAUGGUGCUUUUAGUUCCCUCCUCCUCCUCGUCUACCACCCCCUUAUCUCCAUCUUUAAACCGUUUCCUUCCUCACCUUCCUCCCCCAUGCUCACUUUACCUCCUCUUCUCCCACAUCUAAAUCUUCUGUGCCUCACUCUGUCUCAUCCUCUACACUUCCUCCUUGUCUUUCUCCUCCUCUACCACUUGCCCUUCCUCCUCCUCCUCCUCCUCCUCCACCACCACCACCACCUCCUCCCCUCCUGCUGCAGCUCUGCAUCAACCUGUCUCUGAAAGUGCAGUAAGGAGGGUAAAGCUGGGAUCUAUUAUGUUGCAGAUGUCUGCUGGAAUGCUGAUGUACACUGUACGUACCCAUCGACCCCUCCACCCCUGUUCACCUCGUGUGGGUCAGUCACUGAGUCGUAUUUAGGAGGCGUAGAGCUCAAGCCGGAGACAAACUACAGGCACAGAUUAUCUCCUUCCUCUCCCUCUGCUUCCUCUCUCUGCAGGCUGUACAUAACCACAUAGCAAAAUUACACCUUUCCGACACAGCUCCCGUCAUCGCAUCUCAGAGGUCAGAGGGCGGCAAAGAGUUGGGGGGUUGGUGGGGGCUCGGAGCAGAGAAAGAACAUUCUGUGCCAGAGAAAUGCGGCACUGGUUCCCUCCUGCUGAGCACAAACAGUCUGCUGAAUAGUUGGUGGGACCACACAGUCUGGAGGUUCUGAUUGGCUUCUGUGCCAGUCAGGAGGCGGGUGGGGAGGUCAUCUAAUGGGCACUGCCGGAUGAUCAGUUUAUGUCAUGCAGGAUGGACAGCAGAUUUCUCCAAUGUCCUCAAUUGGAAGUUUUCGUAAAUAAAAUGACUUCUGUUUAUGAUAAAGGGGGGAAAACUUUGUAAAGUGACAGGUCAGCCUGGCAGCACAAAAAUCCGGCGUGCAGUUUGAUCAUUUCUGAGCGGCUCCGUUCGCUGGGAUUUUUUAAUGUUUCACACUAAAUCAGUCAGGGAAGUGUUCGUCAUGUUAUAACUGAGUGGUGAAAUGUGGUGACAAUCGAAAUGACCAUGAAACCAGGAACAAAUGUAUGUUUGACAUGAUGGCUUUAAAAACACAUCAAAUUUCCCAAACAUAAACUUCAUGUAAAGGUGUGUAGAAAUUGGAAUAUUGAAGGCUACGGUGGCCUUCAAGGACAAGAAACAUCUGUGAUCCAUGAUGAGUAUGGUCCUCUUCAAGUUUACCAUCAAAAAUGCCUACCAGUACAACUCAGGUCUGUGCAGCUGCUAAAUGCUAACGCAGUUACCUUUUCUAAGUAGUUUGUAUGUUCAGUGCAAGAUGGUAGCCAUGGACGAAGUGAUCUUUAUGACGUAGGCAAGGGUGAUACAACCUCAAAUAUCUGUCACUUUAUUUCGUCUUUGCCUGAGAGCAGAGAACGAUAAUUUUAUGUUGUACUUUUUAACUGAACAUUUGAGAUCUGUAUUGUUUUGUGUGACGUUACUGCUAAAAACAGAGGUGGCUAUUCAAAGGAAUAUUUAAGACAAAAUAACAGCUGACUUUUAUCGUGAGGAGUUUGUCAGAAAUCAAUGUGUGUACCAGUGGUUUCAUUGGGAGUUAACGAAAACAAAGAUAAAUCAGUGACUGCCAGCAUCAGUCACUCCUCUGCUUUUAAUCAUCUUUUUGAACUCAAGAAAAACUGAAAAAAAUUGUAUAAAUUGCAAUAUCUUGUAUCGCAAAACUCUUUUUAUUGCAAAAUGUUUAAAAUCGCAAUAUUGUAUCGUGGCCCAAGUAUCAUGAUAUUAUCGCAUUGUGGCCCAAUUAUUGUGAUAAUAUCGUAUCAUGGCCCAAGUAUUGUGAUAAUAUCGUAUCAUGGCCCAAGUAUUGUGAUAAUAUCGUAUCAUGGCCCAAGUAUCUUGAUAUUAUUGUAUCAUGGCCCAAGUAUUGUGAUAAUAUCGUAUCGUGGCCCAAGUAUUGUGAUAAUAUCGUAUCAUGGCCCAAGUAUCUUGAUAUUAUUGUAUCAUGGCCCAAGUAUUGUGAUAAUAUCGUAUCAUGGCCCAAGUAUUGUGAUAAUAUUGUAUCGUGGCUCAAGUAUCGUGAUAAUAUUGUAUCGUGGCUCAAGUAUUGUGAUAAUAUCGUAUCAUGUCCAAAGUAUUUUGAUAAUAUCGUCGCCCGGCCAAGUAUCGUGAUAAUAUUGUAUUGUGGCCCAAGUAUCGUGAUAAUAUUGUAUUGUGUGGCCACUAUUGAUUCCCACAACUACUGAGUCCCAAGAGUAACAAUAAAAGUAAAUACAUGUACUAUCCUAAUGGUUUUAUUUUGAAAUUGCUUACUAUUUAGUGUUGCAGCUGCAUUAGUCAGACAUCAGUUACCCUUAGCAACACUGCCAACUGUAUUCUGGUGCCAUGCAGCUUCUCAGGUAUGAACAUUGGCCGGUUUACUGGGACAGUAUCUCAUCUCAAACUUUUCAACAUGCACUCGUCUCCCAUAAAUUGCAAGAACAAAGAAUAAAAGCCUCAUUCGCAAACCAAAAAUAUAGAACUGCGCUUCGACAGUGCUUUUUUUUAUGGCAGCCUCUUUUUCCAAAAAGCAAACAUCCCGAAGCGUUGAAAGAUCAAGCAGAUGGUUGGAACCUCUCUUUUGUGUUUCAAGCCCCGGAAACAGCUUCCUUUUCCAAUUUGACAUCUGGUUUUUGCAGCGUUACAGUCAGCAUCCAGCUCUCUCAGCAUCAGUUUACACAAUUUGAGCAUGACCAUAAAACAAGUACGAGUUGAAAUAUUCUCCCCCAAACACUGAUUCGGGAUAAAUCACAGAAACGUAAAUAAGAGGAGUAGCAGUCAAGAGAAAGCACCUCCUGAGACCAGGUGUUUUCAGUUUGUUGUACAGAGACGGCAGAGUCAAUGUGUUGAGACAUGCUGCAGUGUUUUAUCACUCAGCAUCCUGUAAACAACACAUAAUUUCCCUCCACUUCACUUUGUUUGCUUUCUGUCUAAACAGAGCCUCUGGCUAACCUGAGUGGAUGACAUAAGCAAAAUUACACUUUAAUUUUUUGUGUUCAUCUGGUUGUUUUCAGUUCAGUUAUGCAUAUGCUUUUUGUUUAGGCUUCACACACCCACCAACACACAAGUAAUUUCAUCCAGAGAUGGAUGGUUUCCAUAGCAAUGAGUGUUUGUUUCCUCAGCAGGCAGAUCGUUUCAUGUCUGAGGAGUGAAUGUGGACCAAUCAGCUUCUGUCUCUAUUGUGCUCGAACCUACAAGAUCCAGUCACUGAUGCUGGUUUCAAAGUUGGUGCCUCACUUCAUUGUGAUGACAAAGCUUAUAAAACUGUCAGUCAGUAAAAGGAGCAGCUUUAGUGUUUUGUUCUCGACUACUAGGUCUCCAUCAGGCAUGAUUUAAACCCCCUCACUGGGACAAAGGCCGUGACGAGGUGUGGCUCCUCUCUGUACUGUACGUGGGUCAGUCCUCUGUUUUUCUUCUCCGGCUCCUCAAUGAGUAUCUCCCUGUCAUCAGUUACAAUAUCCUCUUAUUUAGAGGGACACCACAGCAACUGGAAGAGUUAUUUGUAGCCAGGCUUGAUGGAAAACCUGGAGUGGAGGGGGGAGUCUUUCACCGUGGAUCUGGGAUGAGCUCCACGCAGCACAACUGGGCUCAAACCCAGCACAUCCUGGGAAGGCUCUGACAGAUUCAUUUAGCUGCUGAACAUUUAGUUCUUUGUUUAUUUUAGACUGAUAUUUAAGACACAUGUACAGUUGUAAUUAGAUUUUGGAGCAGCCCUCUUAGCGGGUGUCUGUUUUUAGUGUUUUACAAGCUAUGUUUGUGCAUCUACAUGUGUUGUUGUUCAGGACUGUAGUCACAAGCAUCGUGCCAGAGGCUAAUUCAGGCAGUCGAUGAAGGAGGUCUGUUCAUGUGUUACUCUCUACCAUUUGCCAAAGUAAGGGGCAUCUGACUAAGUUUGCUAGAUUUAGAUUUUGAAUCUAAAAGUCAGGGGUUUGACGCAGGUAUUUGUGCUACCUUCAGCUGAUUUAAGGUGUAACACUUCCUCUCUCUUUCUCUCUCCCUUCCAGAGUGCCCUGAGAAAUGUGCAAGACGAGCAUGCAUGGCAGACGGAGAGUGCUGCCACCCUCAGUGCCUGGGCAGCUGCACAGCUCCUGAUAGCGACACAGCAUGCACGGCGUGUGUGCAUUACUACUACCAAGGACGCUGCGUGGAAAACUGCCCCCCUGGCACCUACAAAUUCGAAGGCUGGCGCUGCAUCAGUGCCGAUCUUUGCUCCAAGGUCCAACCCCCUGAUGAAGACAGCCUCGUCAUCCACGGCGAUGAGUGCAUAACCGAAUGCCCACCUGGGUAUACGCGCACCGCACCCAACAGGUAAGCUGAUCCACCUGGGUAUAAACUGAAACAGAGACGCUAUUCUGCUUUUUUUCACAUCCUGACUUGGUUUUCAUUUUAAAAUUUCAACAAGGUCGGAGCGAGAAAGGCCAGUCAGUUAAUAGACAACAAUUCUUCCUCAGAUGCCACAUAAAGCUGUGAUUGUUUUGUAAAAUAACAGAAGUUUCUUGUUAACAUUUAGCCCGAGCUGUCAAACACUGACAUAAAAUCUUUCAGGGAUGGAAAUAAAACAGAGGAAAGGUCAGAGGAGAGUAACAAGGGUUCAGAGAAUGAAUGUACCUCUUCAUUUACUCUCCCGUGUCUCCUCCUUUCUCUCCCUGUCCGUCUCCAGCAUGUUCUGCAAAGCUUGCGAUGGUCUGUGUGAUAAAGUGUGCGACGAGAAGGUCAUCGACUCCAUGGAUGCCGCUCAGUCUCUGAAAGGCUGCACUGUUAUCAAAGGAAACCUGCAUAUCAACAUCCGCAGAGGCCGUAAGUGCUGCCGUGUACCUCGGUUAAUCCUCGCAUCUCCACUUUUAAUGCCACGCUGCAGCCUCUCAGCUGGUCAGGAAACUUUGACAUGUUACAUUCAUAAUGUUUGGAUGCAUUUCACAGUCAAAAGAAACAUCAUCUUUGACCUCAACAGAACAGGAAUCAUGUUGGUAUUAGUCUAUAUGGGGGUCUUUGAAAAAGUUCUGGAUAGUUUGCAAAACAUGUAAUUUCAAGGUGGUGCAAGGAAGGUGACAGCAGAGGUGAGAAAUGAAUUGGACCAAAAGCAGUUCAAGCAGUUUGCUAUUUGAUGACGAUGAUUUAAUGAAGCCAUCUUGAGUAAAACACACAUCUUGAACAGCAAGUUUGCAGGCUUUAGAUUUAUCAAAGUAUUUAAUUUUCAGAAAUUUAACCAUUACCACAAAUUAUUCUUUUAAAUAAAUAGAGGUGUCUUGAUACGAUAUUGAUAUUGGAUAUCGGUCCAGUAUCAGCAAAAAAACAAAUAUCGGAUUAUAUCAGCCUUCAUCUAAUAUCUCCGAUAUCAGCACUACGAUACAAGCAGUCCAUUCCGUACUCCGCUCCGACACCUCUAUCUAGCAGCACCCUGAUCCAGUAUGCAGAGCCCAUGUAAACACAACAACAGUGUGUACUGGGGUACCAACAAAGUAGCAAGGAGUAGGAGUGAUGUUGGCCUUGUGGGAGUAUUUUUUGUUUAAGUCCAAAAAGACAUUGCAGCUGAGUGAAAAACUUGCCAUGCACAAUUUUGUGCCAAUAUCGGAUCAAUAUUGGUAUCAGUCAGUCUUGAAGGCUACAAUAUCGGUAUCGUAUCAGUAGUCAAAAAGAAUAUAUAUAUAAAUGUUCAUUGAAAUACAGUUGAGUGUUGACAGUCUUUGAACUGAAGUGUGUUUUUGUGUGUUCAGACAACAUGGUGGCAGAGCUGGAGAGUUUCACCGGUUUAAUCCAGAGGGUGACGGGCUACGUGAGGAUCAGACACUCCCACACUCUGAGCUCGCUCGCCUUCCUUCGCAGCCUCCGAUACAUCGACGGCGAAGAGCUUCUAGACGAGUAAGUCUCCCCAUGAAAACACAGUCACAUAAACGAUGAAAGAUACAGCAAGAUACAGUUCAUUACAGGACCACCUGCUUCCUUUGACAUGAAAACUGUCCCUGGAUCUGUACAGGAUUCAUUCUAGGUUCUAUUAUUCAGUCAAGUGUAGGUCUGCUCCAGCUCAACUUUAAGCUCUGAAGCUGCCCAAUAUUAUAUCUGACAGAUCAAGUGGUUCAGGAACAGUUUCAAAUCAAGGCUAACAUCAAAGAAACACAAGGCUGGCUGAGGAUCAGAUUACAAGAGCCCAUAAUAACGACCCGCCCAAGGUCUUGGGGGUCUGUUCUGGUGUGUCUCCACCAAGCAGUUUGAUUAAGUACAGUUCAGCACAGUUAACCCUGAUCUUGCAUGCAAUGCCACAGCAGACUGUAUCCUUCCCUGCUGUGUCUCACCAGAAGUGUUUUGGCUGUCUCAUGGCCCUGACAGAACUUGCUCUUUAGUCUGUUUUAACACAUCAGACAAUUCAGCCUGCCAUCCUGAGCAGCACAUUGUUUUCCAGAAACUGUGAGGAUCACAGAAAAAUGAUGAACAGAGGGCUGUAUUUGCUAGCUCAGUAUGUCGCAAGCAUGGUUGUACUUCCAGUUUUCUUUUCAGAACAAAAGCCUGAUUUGUGUCUGCGGUGCAGAGACUCCCCUUCUUUUCCACUCUAUGCUUUUAUUCUGAAGGUGUGUCCAGUUCAGUUAUUUGGGGAAAGAAGUAAUUUGCACUUCUCUGCACCAUUUCUUUUCUCAGUCUUUUUUACGGUUUAGGGUCAGAUCAGCGGGCUUGGUGCCCCAACAGAGGAGUGCCAAGAAAGCAGGAUAGUACAGGUCAUAUAUUUGGGUUCCUUUCCCAAAUUUUGACAAUGGAAAUGCAAACAACAGAGUAGGGCUGGACAAUGAGCUGAAAAUUUACCGAUUCCGAAAUGUAUAAUAACCGACGACAUUUCGCCCAUGUCAAUAUAUUCGGUGUCAAAAAAAUAAAUAAAAGUUGGUUAUGGAGGUCCUAUGUUGGAGACAUGACUCGACCCCAUCCAGUCUGUAACAAAGAGGGAAAGACAGGUGAGGAGAUGGAAGACGGUUCAAAAGUUGGAGCAGCCAUAGUGAACCAGACUGCUUGGUGAAACUGUAGCCUUUCCUUUCAGACAGUUUGUGCUUUCUUGAACAGAAGAGCGUCAGUCCUCUAUUAUGAAACAGUGAAGAACUUCAGCCUAAGAGCAGCUCAUGGUCCUGGAUGAUUGUAUUGCAAAACGAGUGUCCUUUUGAAAUAAAGAAAAUUUACUAUAGUGAGUGGUAAUAAGCCCCAUAGUCAAGGGACUGGAGUAAUGUAUUGACUUAGUAAAAAUAUCACUUCUCUCUGGUAAGAGACUCCCCGUGUUUACACACAGCGCUUUCAUUUUGAAGUCUUGUCUGUGACAGUUGUUUGGUUAGAGAAUGAACUUGUGCACUUCUAUAGUAAGGCCUACAGUAAACUAAAGUUGUUGUCAGGAAUGAAGGUGGUGUCAAGUGCUGCGCAAAGUAUGCUGGACAUACAGCAGGGCAGUGUGUCUGUCUGUACUUAACCGCUAUCAACGCUACUGUAGGCUGAGAACAACCACAGUUAGGGUGGCUGAGGCAGGGUGAUGAUAACAGAUGGUACUAAAAAGAGCUUAACAUUGGCAUAGAAAUCGCAUGUCACUGAAUGCUAUGCAAGUCUUCUCACAGGAAUUCAGUUUGAACUCUCUUACCUCUAGGAGUCCCCUCAAACAUAUACUGAAGCGCUUCUAUUCUGGAUUUCAUGUCAACAGAGGAGGUCACUAAGAGUUGAGCUCAGUGGAAAGUAAAGGCAAAUAUGUUUUGACUUUGUGAAGACUGUAAAAUAUUAGUGUAUGUUAUGUGCACAGACAUAUUUUUCUUAUUUUGAAUUCCUUUCUGUAAUUUUUUUUAAAGUGCCGCUCUCUUUUUGAACUGAACAUAACAGCCCCUUUUUUGCACGACCUCGAACGCAGCUCAGCUUUGAAGGAGUGCAAGGAAAGCUUCUCUCAGGGUCACGGAGAGGCCUUCACUCCCACCUCGGCCUGUUUCUCCUUGAGUUCACAGGAAUCUCUCUGUCCCAAGGCCCACAUUACAGUCAUUCCUGAAUGUCUGGGUGUUACCCAAUGACUCAUAGAAACUGCACCUCCACUCCCCUCCGACAUGAAAAAACCAAGCCCCCUGCUUAAUCUGAUUUCCCAGGUCAUUUUUAUCCCCACUGUGAGAUCCAUUCCCUCUCUGUCUAACUGGGUCAUUAAGAAGUACUCUGCUGCUCCUGCUGCUGCUGCUACCUUUUCUAAAACUAGAAUAGCUCCUUCUUAUAGAAAAGAACAAGCAGCAAUGCAGAAGUCAAUACAUACGCUCUUUCUUUGACACCUCAUUGUGCAGUUUCCCAUCAGGCGCUGAGAAUAAGUCAUUGUUUUCUGGGAAUGUCGGACUUCAGCUCAUGGAAACACAAUACAUACAAUGAAGCAGCACAAAAAGUGUAUUCAAUGUAGGAUCAAGUCAGGCAUUGUUGACGAUCUCCCUUUUCUUUCUUCCUCUUUUCUUGUCCUCAAGCAUGUACGCCUUCUCUGCGUUUGACAACCAGCAGCUCCAGUACCUCUGGGACUGGAAGCAGCACAACCUCACCAUCAAGGCGGGAAAGCUGUUUUUCCGAGCCAACCCCAAGCUCUGCAUGUCGGAGAUCCGCAAGAUGUGGGAGAAGACAAGCAUCCAGGCCCGCUUUGAAGACAGCGAUUUCCGAAACAACGGGGACAGAGCCAGCUGUAAGAGUCACAUGAGCUUCAGCCUGAGAACCACAGACAUUUAAAUUGCUACGUCCACUUACAUGUAGAGGAGUUCCUCUAGUUUACCAACAGCACGCAAACACGUCCGCAAUGCCUGCUGCUGUUCUGCACCUCAUGUCAGCACUGACUGCCCUGCUCUGUAAACAAGACAUAAUGCUGCGCACUUGAUUAAAAGGACUUUGGAGUUCUUUGAUUUUUAACGCUGCUCUUACUCCCUUUAUCCCUGCCUCUCCAGGUGAAAGCGCCAUCCUCAAGUUUAAGUCCAACACCACCAGCAGUACCAGGAUUAAACUGACCUGGCAGCGCUACCGCCCUCGUGACUACAGAGACCUCAUCAGCUUUAUCGUCUACUACAAAGAGGCGUAAGUUUUCAGAAUAGCGCCGGUCAUCGGCUGCUUUCCCCCCCACGGGAAUCACUGAGUGUUGCCUGAAUAGAAACAGGAACGUGAUGCUCCUUCAAUAAGCUUAAAUCACAUUCACUUUGAAAUGUACUGCGAAUUCUUUCAAAUUUCCCAGAAAUUGGCAAAAGGGAACAAGAGUUCAUGUUCCCCUUUAUCAGUCUGUUGUGGGCACGGUGGGCUUUGGGCCUGUCAGUGAAACCAGUCGAUGUGUUCAGCUCAGAGCAGAGUGCUACGAAUCUAUUAGGCCUCGUCCACAAUGUAAAUGUCACGGAGGCAAGGCAGCAUCACUGUAGACGUCAGAGUGAACAGGUUGUGUGUGUAUAUAUGUGUCUGAGUUUGUGUAAAUGAAGCUUAAGCUGUUUGUUUACUUAUUGGGCCUCCUGCACUUCUGCCAUAACACAAUGUAGAAUCACAUUGGGACACUAAGAGCGUUCACUUUUCAGUCAGGAGCCACUCAAAGAAUAAGUUGCAUGAGACAUUAUGGACUGAUGGACAUUUCCAUCAUAUCUUCUUUUCCCAGAGUGUCUCUUUUAUUUAUAUAAGGAUGGUUACAGUCUUUUAUUCCUCAAAACAGGUCCAGACUUUUUUUCCAACUGUAUUUUUUGCCUCUUGUUUGGGAUUCAAGCUCCAUAGUAGGGGUAGGAGAAAAAAUUGAUACAGCAUAAUAUCACAAUAUUUUGUUUGGUGAUAUAUCCUAUUAUCAUUUGCCAAGUAUAGCUUAUUUCAAAAGUAACUGUUAAUAUGACGUUUAAUCUGCGGUAAUGGAAAAAAAUAAAAUCAACUGUUUGUCUAGUGAGGUUGGUAGAGGUGACAUCAUAGAGCAGGAGAAAGUUAGUAUAACAAAUAUAUAUAUAAGGUUUGCAAGAAUGUGCUUCAUGAAAAUAAAAAACAUUGUAAAUAAGACAAACAUGAAGGAAAGACAAAUGCUAAAUAAGCUAAACAGUUGAAAAAAUUAUAUAAAUCACAAUGUCUUGUAUCACAAUACUUACUGUAUAACAAAUGUUAAAAAAUCACAAUAAUAUCGUAUCGUGGGGCCACUAGUGAGUCCUACCCUUGCUCCAUAGUCUUUGGUUCACAGAAUAAACUCACUAUACCUGCUUCCAUCACACUUUUAAACACAUGACAUUUAUAUGAACAACAACAUUUUAAUGAUAUCCAGUUGUUGUAUUGUAUUGUAAUAUGACAACAGAUUCACAUUUUUAAGUCCUCAAAGUGAAAAUACACCCCUAAAAAUUCAAAAAAAUACAAUUGACUGUACUGUAAUAUUUUUGAUAACUUCCAACUUCCCUCUCUGUGCCAACAGAACAAAUAAAGAGUUUGUCAUGAUCUUAAAAAGAACAACAUCAAGAAAAUAGAGUAAUAAGUUCUUUUAAAGCUUUUUAAGUUCAGCUGUGUUUCUUUUUGUUGCUUAUGUGCUUAUUGUACACAUGUUUAGUUAGCAUUUUUCAGUUUUGUGAGUGUAACUGUAACAACACGGUGUUAUCUUCAGGUCAUGUGUUUGUCCUGGAAUACGACUUUUCACACAUUGUGUUGACAAAAUUUCAAGUCGUGCUUAAAUGUUUACACAACAUCAAAUCUGAACACAAAGACAAUUUCACAUGAAAUAUAUUUAAAAGAACUUUAAUUUGACAUCUUGAUGAUUGUUAACCUCUGACUUUGACCGUCCCUGCAGGCCUUUUCAGAACAUCACAGAGUUCGAGGGACAGGAUGGAUGCGGUUCAAACAGCUGGAACAUGGUGGAUGUGGAGCCAAGCCCAGAUAAAGACUCAGAUCCUGGAGUCCUGCUGUCCAGCCUGAAGCCUUGGACGCAGUACGCAGUGUUUGUGAAGGCCAUCACACUCAUGAUUGAGGACAAACACAAGGGCGCCAAGAGUAAGGUGGUCUACAUCCGCACCAGCCCCUCGGGUAAGUCCCUGCAUGAUCGGAGGUUGAAGGUCAUGUUGUCUCUAAAGACGUCACAGUGACACCAGAGAGGUGAUCGAAUAAGGAGGCUGAAAUUUGAUCAAGGCUGGAGGGUUGAAAAAUCACUGCUACUGCACAGACCUCUGACAUAAACCUUUCAUUUUACCUGAACCUGGUUCGGCCAACUUCUCGGUUUAAAUUGACGCUUGUUUUUUCAGAUAGACACUCAAUUGUUUCAUGAUGUAUGUGAAAACAUUGCUGGAUGUACUCCAAGCAUGCUGUAAGUGGAAGGAGAGGAAGACUGUUUUUGUAAACACAGCUGCAAGUCAAACAGUUGGAGGAAGAGCUGAUUUACAAAAACUUUAAUAUAAUUAGAUGUAAGACGUCUUCGGUAUAAAUACAGCUGCACUAUAAACCCACAGCAGCGGUGUGUUGUCAGCGGAACACAUCUGCUACAGAACAUAACGACGAUCCAUUUCCUACAAGUUCUUAGAAAUUAGGUUUUCUUUCUCAGCGGACACAAAGUGACACUGAGAUCUGAUUGAGUCAGUUUUUUUUGUGUGUCUCUCUUUCAGCGCCCUCCAUGCCUCUGGAUGUGCGAGCGUACUCUAACUCUUCGACGCAGCUGGUGGUGCGUUGGUCUCCCCCCAUCUCACCAAACGGAAACCAGACUUACUACCUGGUUCGAUGGCAGCAACAAGCUGAAGACAGAGAGCUGUAUCAGCACAACUAUUGUUCUAAAGGUACAAACAUAAAAACAUACAUCCACUAACAAACACCGGUUACCCUUUCUUUUACGGUACAUUUACUACCAGGUAAUUAACAGGUAAUUACCUAGUAACAACAUGAAAUUAUCUGGUAAUUACAUCUUUUUUUCUUUUUUUCUGUGCAGCUCCAUUUCAAAAGCUAUUUGGGGUUCUUGUUUUCUAUGAUUGACACUUGAUACAGCCUAUGGGCUUGCAAAGAUUGCUUAGCGAUACAUUGUUUGAGCCGAGCAUUGUCACAGCGACUCACCCGCUGAAUGCGUACAAUGCUGCUGCGCAAGUGGUGGUUCCAGGAAGCUGAGAAAAUCCUGGAAAUACCAGAGCAAUUUGGCUUCAAAUUUGUAUGAUGAUGGAAGGUUACCUACCUGGUAGCUAGACGGUAUUGUCUUAGUAGUUAUCAUGUAAUUACCAGAUAAUUUCAUGUUGUUACUUGGUAAUUACCUGUUAAUUAUCUAGUAAUAAGUGUACCGUAAAAGAAAGCGUUACCCAAACACCUGAUGCUCUCCUCUGAACCAAUACAUCAAACUCAUUCUUUGCCUCUCUCCACAGAGCUGAAGAUCCCCAUCAGAAUCGCCGCGGUUGGGGUAGGAGACCAAGAAGAGGACACCAAGCCGACAAAGCCAGACCCUGAUGGGCCAGACAAAGGCCCCUGUUGCCCCUGCCCCAAAUCAGUGGAGGACCUGGAGGCCGAAGCUGCUGACGCCUCAUACCGAAAAGUCUUUGAAAACUUCCUUCACAACUCCAUUUUUACACCGAGGUAUUCGACUCAUCGUCUGUCAGUUUCUCCGAACCAGAAAGAGAGAAUGUGUUUUGCACCAAUGAUGUGAAGUUUAGUUUUUCAGGGAACUUAACAGCAGGUGAUUCACUGUCAUCAUCAUAAAAUAAUAGAGUUUAUGAAAAAAAAGCAAGUGACCAAUACAGGUUGGUAAAGCAGUCCUUACACUGCAGACAUCCCAGGCACUUAAAUUAAAGCCAGAGUCACAAAAAGAACUCUUUGGACUGAACGACGAAGGACCUCCUAUAAGUCUGGACCACAUGUUCCCAAAAAUGCUAAGAGGUUUUAUGACAGAGUUUUUAAAAUGUCUGGUAUUUUUAUAGAAUUGACAGAUUUUUUUAUGCUGUGCAACCUGGCAUCUCCCGACAUUCUCCUCCCUUCUAUCACCUCCAGGCCCCCAGAUCGCCGUCGCAGAGAUCUCUUUGGCGUAGCCAACACCACUCAUUCGCGCCGUAACCGCCUGCACUCCAACAGCAGUACGGUCCCGCCUCUCCAAGCCGCUGGCAACAGCAGUAUCGCUGACAUGGAGCCAGUGGACAGAGAGUUUGAGUUUGUAGAGCAGGCGGUGACAGAGCGGGAACUGCAGAUCUCCGGCCUGCAGCCCUUUACUGUUUACCGCAUCGACAUCCACGCCUGUAAUCGACAAGUCCAACGCUGCAGCGCCGCAGAGUUUGUCUUCUCCAGAACCAAACCUGCAGGUAAGAGAGGAAACGAUGGGUUUUUAAUUAAAUGCUUAUGAACAGAUUUUACCACUCAGACAAGCCUCUUAAAAAAACCAACAUGUUCAGCUGACCGCUCUAUGUCCCUACAGAAAAAGCUGACGACAUCCCCGGCCCGGUGACCUGGGAGGGCCACGAGGACUGGGUGUUUCUACGCUGGCCAGAACCUCAUCGCCCCAACGGACUCAUCCUCAUGUAUGAGAUCAAGUUCAAACUGGGAGCUGAGGUGAGAUCAGCUGUUGUGUUAGAGAAAAUUCAAUAUAUCCUUUAUGGUACCAUUAAGUACUGUCUCUUUAAAAGCUGCAUGAGUCUGUCGUCUUCUUAUCUGUAGGAUGUUUUAAUAUUCAGUCAACAUGCAAUUCAAGUGUUUUGUUGUUAAGCCACACCUUAAAACAAGACCUAACAGGUGAUUUGAGGGACAUUUGGGUGUUGUGCAUAAAAACGCAGCUGUCCGUUCUAGAUAAUGUAUCAGUAAACCAGUUCAUAAGUGCAAGGCAGCGCAACUCUGCAGCCCAACAGACUCAAAACAUGUGUGUUACCAACUAAUAUAGAAACUGUGAGUGUAUUUUAAAGAAGUAGUUUUGAUGAUAAGUUUAAAGAUUCAUGUUUUAAAUUGAAGGCAUGAUUCAAGGAAACAGGAACUGAAGUACCAGACACACACAGCCAUAGAGGGAAAAAAAAACUCAUUUAUUGAUCUGCAGCUCUUAAAUUUGUAAUCUUUAGUGUGUGAUAAGGUUUCUUUGUGUGUGUGUUCGUAUCAGACGGAGAAGCACGAGUGUGUCUCCGGUCAGAUGUAUCAGGCCCAGCGAGGUGUUCGGCUCUCGAACCUCAGUCCAGGAAACUACUCAGUCAGAGUGAGAGCGACGUCGCUGGCAGGAAACGGCUCCUGGACGCAACCUCUGGAUAUCUAUGUGGCUGAACGUGAGAACCGCCCAGUCGCACAUCAUCAAACCUCAACACUCCUUUCGAACAGCUCAGACGUUUUUCCCCCCCAAAUAAUUAAUUCAACAUUUUGACCCUACAGGAUAUGAGAACGUUCUCUACGUUGUGAUCUUUGUCCCCAUCGCCAUCAUCGUCUUGAUCUGCAUUCUAACAGCCAUGCUGGUGGUUCUCAACAGGAAAAGGUAAGAGUGCCUCCCAGUGCUGUCGUUCAUCUGUGUACAUUAUUUCAGUCUCAUAGAAAAAGCUUUGGACAAGUUAAAAAAUAAAGUUUAAACAUACUGUACAGCCAGUGCUGCCACAUCACAUCUACAUUUAUGAGCAAACCACUUAAACAUCACACAGACAAAGGUUUAAUGCCUAUUGAUGCAGCUGCAGGGCUCGACAGUGCAACCGUUUCACUCGUAUUUGCAACCCAAAAUAGAUGUGUGCGAAUUGUAAAAUGUAUUUAGGGACAAAUGUGCACAUGGAAAAAUCAGCAGAGGAAACAAAUGUUUUUUCAUGUAAAUACCGCAGUGAAGUUAGUUUUAGGUUGGAUAUUCAACAGACAUUCAUUGCUGAUCUACUGGUGUCUUCUCACUCUCCGUAACCAGGAAUGGCAACAGCAGCGCGGUUAAAUCUACUCAGCACCUUAGCUGUCAACAACAGGCGUUUUCCUUCAAUAGCUUUCAUGUCACUUGACCAAUUGACCUAAAAUUGAUUUCAAAUAAUAGUACUAAGGUUGGAUAAUAAGACACGCCUCUUCAUUUACCUAAUUUGUCCUUUAAAAAAAUUUGUGUUAAAUUUAAAGGCAAAUUUUGAACAUUUUCUUCAAUAGCUUCCAUGUCAUGUGACCAAAAGACCUAAAAUUGAUUUUCAAUAAUAGUACUUAUGUAGACCAAUAAGACACACAUUAUUUGAUCAAUUUUCAUUGUGCCCCUUAAGUUCUUUGUGUGCUCCUUACUUUUUCAACUUAGGAGCACAUGUGCACCAUGUGAAAAAAUGUCCUAGAGAAAAACACAAGAACAACUAAAUUCAUUAUAUUCAAGCUUGAUUUAAACUCAGUUGUGUAGAAAUGCGAGACAUUGAAAGCUCUCGGUUUUAAAGAAUAAACGAGACCUCUUCAUUUUCAGUGUUUGCAAAAUGCUUCAACCUGUAGUUUCUCAAACAGAAGUGUUUCAGUUUUUUUGUUUUGCCAGUAUUCUCUGGAGGCUUGGACUGUGAUGUGUAUGAUUAUACACCAUGCAUAUCCCAGAGGAAUGCGCGCAUGUGCGUGUGGGUAUGGAGGUAUGUGUGAGCGUGUUUGUGUGUCUGUAAACACUUUUGUUUUUGCUCUGUCAGAAACAGUGACCGACUCGGAAACGGAGUCCUGUACGCCUCUGUUAACCCCGAGUACUUCAGCGCUGCAGAAAGUGAGUGACAUCUGAUAAAGGCUGUUUCAAUACUGUCGAUCGAACGACUUUAAACUUCUUUGGAGAGUUUUAUUGAUUUAUCGACUCCUCCCGCAGUGUACGUCCCUGAUGAGUGGGAGGUGGCUCGUGAGAAGAUCGCUCUGAGUCGAGAGCUCGGUCAGGGGUCCUUCGGCAUGGUGUACGAAGGCCUGGCAAAGGGCGUGGUCAAAGACGAACCGGAAACCCGUGUUGCCAUUAAAACCGUAAACGAGUCGGCCAGCAUGAGGGAGAGGAUCGAGUUUCUGAAUGAAGCCUCUGUCAUGAAGGAGUUCAACUGUCACCAUGUGGUACGUAACAAACACACAAGUAGAAGGAGACCAAGAUCAGUACAGAGCAGUGAUUUGUUGUUAUGAUGAUGAUGAUGAUGAUGAUGAUGAUGAUGAUGAUCUUUUUGUGGUGCAGGUUCGUCUCCUGGGAGUGGUGUCACAGGGUCAGCCCACCCUGGUCAUCAUGGAGCUGAUGACACGAGGAGACCUGAAGAGUUACUUACGCUCCCUCCGACCCAAAGAGGUACCUUCCCAACUGUAACCUGCAACAGCUCCUUGAGUCAGCCGAUGUGGUCUUAAUUUUUGUUGUCUGACUGUGUUAAUUUCAUAGAGGAAGUAUUUCCAUCUAGGACUCUUUUUCUUGACAAAAACAAAAUGAUAAAAACUGAAGCACCCGACAGAAUGCAUGACGUAAAGUAUCGACAACUUCAACAAUGAUUGAAGGUAUGACAGAGACAACAUCCAAUCAGUGCUGACUUGCUGGGAAGAGAGCCAAUCAGAUUUAUACGCAGUAGGAUGUUAGACACAAACAUUAAUCGACCCUGGAAAGACUCACAACUCAUCUGUUUCUGAAACUGACGCCUUAGAAAGAGAAGACAGGACAUUUAGUCUUGGUGUAUGUCAGUGACACACACACACAGCUAACUUCUGGGGUGACAUCAUUAUGAUAUUUGACAUUUUCGUUUCUUUUGCUGCCCUAACUGUUUAAAGCUCUAUGUCUAAUUUAUGGUUUGUCUCUCGGGGUUACAUUGUAGAGCAUAUUGAGUAAGAGGAUUCAAAGUUUGGAUCGACUCUUAAUCCUCAGAGAUGAAGAUGGUGUAAGGAGCACGAUAAAUCUGUCAGCCCAGGUACAUUCAGGGACUAUCCUGAGAGUGCAGUCCAGCCCCCUCUCUGUCAUUAACUCUUGUGUGUCCACUCCAGAAAACUAACUGUAACCAUGGAAGCACAAAAAAUGUGUUUUUACUUGACGUGAAGAAAGAAAGGUUCUUCUUUUUCACUUCUUGUGUUGUGACCUUGGUAGAUCAGAAGGGUAAACACAGCAGCAUUGCAUUGUGGGAUCAUCUAGGCCAGUGGUUCUCAAGUCCAGUCCUCAAACAGCGCAUCGCUAUGCAGUCCAUCCAAAACAUGCAGUACAGUGGGCCUCAAGGACUGGACUUGAGAACCACUUGUCUAGGCUAAAUUAUCAACCAAGGAUGAGGGGUCCAGACAUUACACAAGUUUAAUUGUAAAGAGAGUGAUACGAUAAAACAUUUUGAUGAGCUAAUUGAAUUAGAGAGAAACUGUUUUGACUAAAAAUUCAGAUGUUAUGAACUAGAAUAAACCACAAAGGGGAAAAAACGACUAGAGUCAAACUAUUGAAAUUAGCUGCCAAAUGAACACUGUUGUCUAAGAACCAUGACUCUGAGGCCUCAUAAAUGAAUUAACACCAGGUGCCUUUACUAGAGUAAGACUUCAUUUUGCCAGUGCAUAUAAGAAUGACAGUGAUCUGUGUUUAUCAGAUUAUACAAGGUUUCAGGAUGUGUUAAUGAACAAAAGCUGCUACAAAGAUUUUUAUUUAUUUUUUUAAGUAUUGAUCAAAAAAGAAUGACUUUUAAAGUAGAGCACAUCUAUUCUGAUGGAGCCGCUAACAGGUGGCUCAGCUCCAGGUCUUGCUCUUCCUGAGGUCCAACUUUAUCUCCUCUGUGUCUCCAGCAACAGUGGUCGAGUCUGUCGCUCCCCCCUCUGAAGAAGAUGCUUCAGAUGGCCGGGCAGAUCGCCGACGGCAUGGCUUAUCUCAACGCCAACAAGUUUGUCCACAGAGACCUGGCGGCCAGGAACUGCAUGGUAGCCGAGGACUUCACUGUAAAGAUAGGAGGUAAAGGACUUUGAAGGGGGUCAGAGGUCACAGCAGCAGGUGUGUGGGGGAGUAUGGAGCAUGCAAAUGAGAGGGAAAUGUCUGAUAGACAAUCAAAUCAUGAGGUUAAGUCCCUUGAGGUAGGUGUGCAGCUCUGUCAGCAUGUUUUCAUCCACAGCUGACCUUCACUUUACCUUAGAUUGUUUCCUGCUCAGUGUAUUGUGGAUGGCUGAUAUUAUUACCAAAUUUUUAAAUCUGGAUUUACAACAUGUUGUUAAUGUAGCUUGAUAUCCAGGCCUAUAGUCUCAGUAAAAAGCGCCCUCUUGUGGAAUAUAUCACCUUACAGCACCAUAAUAAGAACAUCAACAGCUAAAAACAUGACCACAUUAACAACCAAACCCUGAUUCAGCUGUUUAGGAGCCGUCUCAAGUUGACUUAAAUAACUUUUUUUCUUGUUUGUGUAGACUUUGGAAUGACCAGAGACAUCUACGAGACAGAUUACUACCGCAAAGGCGGUAAAGGUUUGCUUCCUGUCCGCUGGAUGUCACCCGAGUCUCUGAAGGAUGGAGUCUUCACCACCAACUCUGAUGUCUGGUGAGCUGAUGAACACAAACACACACUUUGGCUUCAUUUUCAUUGUAAAGCCUUCUUCAUGAACACCUUCAGGGUUUAGUUUUGAUUUUGACCCUCCCUUUCUUCUGCUCAGGUCAUUUGGGGUGGUGUUGUGGGAGAUAGCCACUCUGGCAGAGCAGCCUUACCAGGGUCUGUCCAAUGAGCAGGUGCUCCGCUUUGUGAUGGAGGGAGGCCUGCUGGAGAAACCACAGAACUGCCCGGACAUGCUGUAAGACUUAAACGCACAAACAACCUCCACAUUCAUCACACUUUUACCUACUACUAGUCUGCUAGCUUAACAUGUUUUCUCCACUUCACUCGUGAAGUCAUGAGUGAUUGCGUUUGUUCAGAUAAACAGUGAAGCAGCACUUAAGCCCUUCAGUCUGUGGUCAUCUCCAUUUCCAUACCACAGAGCUGAUUUCUUCCAAAGCUCGUCUGUUUGUUUCUGCGGGACCGUGUGCUCUCCAUAAUUGCUUGUGUUGUACUGUGCCUGAAAAAGAAAAGCUCUCAUAUAACGUCCACAUCAUAAAAUCUGUCACUAUUGCAGGAAGAUUUGACCGGAUACAAGAAUGUUUGACGAAUAAGGUGAAGAAAUGUGAAUCAAAGAGUUUUCCAACAGACUGGACAAAAAGAGUGGAGAUGUCCUCAGUGAAGUCACCCACUGGACUAUAGACAGCAGGUUUUUCGCCUUUGCUAUGUUGCUUUAUUAUUCGUGGCGAGAAGUAUUUGGAUAAAGAUCUGAAGAGGAGCAAGUUAAAAGAAAACACAGAGUCCGAGGCAAACCCUGUCAAAUUCAAUAAGAUAGGUGUAUCAUUGGCGUAGUUUAUUAUCAAUUUAAUGCUACAUGUGAGCAGAGUUUGUGAAAAAAAAACACCAUGCUGUUUUAAAUAAGACAUUAAAAAGCCUCAGAGACAUUAAAGAUAAGGUGUGAAGAGGAUGGAGCAGAAUAAACUCUGUGGAAAUGGGGAAGAACAUGAAUAUACAUUUUCUAAUUGAUGUGUAAUCACCUGAAUAUGAGAGUCUUUGUUUUUGUUAACUUAAAUGAGCCUUUUAUGUCUACAUCAGGAUCAGGCUCGAGUCUACAAAGGCUACUAUCCUGCACUGCCAUGUUUCUACUGUAGAACAGAUUGACCAAACUGGUGGCAAGUGCAUUUUUGUUUUUACUGAGUGGACUUGUGAAGUAAAGCAGUCGGAUUAUGUGAAGCUACACGCUAAAAGCAUAAACCUGACGAUAAUUUAAAAAUACAUGCCCUCUGUGCUGUUAACUUUUAUCCUCAAAAAGAUCUAGUCUUAAUUUUUAGGGAAAAUUAUAAGAAAACAUCAUGACUCCAAGAAUUUUCCUAAAGUUUGAUCAUAAGACUUGGAUAUUGUUAAAAUAUUUCCACUUCUGCCCACUUUACCUCUAAAGUUUCACCACAAAUCUAGUUACUCAUAUUUUCCUUCUCAAGUAUUAUCCUACAAGAAUAAAUUAAAAGGACAAUUUUCAGAAUGGAUCACAUGCAGUAAGAUCUAAAUCAGUAUAAACACAAUUGAUCUGCAUCCCUUCUCAAAAUAUGCUGCUGAAUAAUAUCAAGAAAAGUUGUCACUGUUAAGAAAGGAUUUGCAUUAUUUCCGAUAACAUACACGUUAGGGCCCGACCGAUUUAUCGGCGAGUCGAUUAAAUCGGCCAAUUUUAGCCCAUUUAAGACUAAUCGGUAAUAAGCCAAAACUUGCCGAUUUCUACUGAUAUUUUCAGGAAUAAAAUGCGAAGUUCAAAACGCUUUUCUGGUCCAAGUUUGAUCAGUUGAUCUUCCUGUCGGCGUGAAGAGCAGUAGCGUACAGUAUAUCAACAGUAUACUUUAUACUGUAGAUAUCUACAGUGUAUAUGUAUUUUUUACAAAUUCAUAAAAAAAUUUUAAAUAUCGUCCGAUUAAUCAGUAAUCUGAUAUUUUCCCCCCCUAAUAAUUGGCAUCGGCCCCAAAAAAUCCAUAUUGCUCGGGCCCUAAUCCACGUUGCGAUCAUGACGUGUCAACCUGUCAGGUGAAGGCUUGAUGUAAAGCUGCUGUCUCAGCUGUGGGAAGCAGGUAAGAGCAGCAUCAGCUCUGUGCUUCAUCACCCGGGAGUCAGGAGCUUACACACAGCAGUUUUAGCAACAGAGAGCAAACAUUCGGCUAAAGUAAAUAUUGGCUGGUCAGUAGGAAGGUACAGUUCCUCAGGAUGGAGCCAAUACUACAGGAAAACAUGUCCCUGAGUUAACCCGUUUGUGUGUUUGUGUGUGUCUGUGUGUGUGUGUGUAUAGGUUUGAGCUGAUGCGAAUGUGUUGGCAAUACAAUCCCAAGAUGCGUCCCGCCUUCGUGGAGAUCAUCAGCAGCAUCAAAGACGAGCUGGAACCUUCUUUCAGAGAGGCCAGUUUCUUCUACAGCGCCGACAACAAGCCACCCGACGCUCCGCAGCUCCACCUGGACAAGAUGGAUGACAUGGACGACGUUCCUCUGGACCCCUCCUCUUCUUCACAGCUGCAACAAUCCGCAGUCCCCCAACAGACCCCGCCCACACCGGGCUCAGAGGCUCCGCCCGCCCCCUCGCUAGCUCCCAGCUCCCCCUCUUCUCCCUGCACGUCAGCCGCUGCCAUGGACAAGCAGUCCGGCCAGCAGGCAGCCAAUGGGCUUUCGGGGGCGGGCCUCGCAGCAGCGUCAGGGCUCGGAACGGCGCCGGUGCGGCCUUCUCUGGAUGAGCUGCCGCCGUACGCGCACAUGAACGGGGGCCGCAAAAAUGAACGCACCAUGCCUCUCCCACAAUCCUCCGCCUGCUGAUCGGACAGACACCCACCUGACUGCACACCCACCUGCCUCACUGUGUGGGAUCUUCUUUUUUUAAAUCACAAACAGUAAAUCCAUUUCCACCAGCUGGAUGUGGCCACUCAGUGAGGAGGACUGACUCACAGGAAGGAGCAGGAAGGAGGAGGAGGAGAAAGUGUCACUAAGUCCAUGUUCUGCUGUACCUCCACACACUUCUUUCACUUGGUUCUAGUUUUGGUUUCGACCAGCUGGCUGUCCGACGUGACACUGCCCUCGCUGCUGAGAGUGAACACCAAAAGAACGAUAAAGGAAAGAGAAAAAAAAAUGAAUUCUGGGAGAUCUCUCUCCCUCUUUAUGGCUGAACUUAUUUUAUAAAUUUGUUAUUUGUUACCUUUUUUACAUGUGUUUCCAAACAGGAAAAAAACAAGAUGUGUAGGCCUUUAUUAAUGAACACCAUUUUGGUCACUUUAGAGCGGGCAUUAAGUUGAAAUAGUUGAGCAUAUCUAAAAGUUGAAGCACUUCAGAGAGGUCAGGGGGUCUCCGCCGGUGGUUUAGGAGGGAUGUUGCUCCGCAGGGUCGGUGUAAUACCGGGUCAGCUGAAAAGAAACAACCAGAGGGAGACGAGUUAAAUCUGCCAAAAUUGUUGCCAAAAUUGUACUUUUUAUAAAAUUCUCUCUCCUGCAGUUUUACCCUGUAAUCCUUCAACAAGCCGGAUUAAAAAUGGAAGCAACACGGCCUUUGAUACGUUCCUACGCCAUCUUCAAAAAUCUGUGAUCAAAGGGAUCUGAACUUCCCUCCACAGUUUGACACUGCUCCUCUUUUUGCUUUUUGAUAUCCACAGCUUCUGUUCUCUCUCAAAUUAACGUCAUGGACCUUGGUUACAUCGGUUUAUCUGAAGUCGAGCCACAUCCUCUCACAAAGUGCUGUUCUGUUACGGUUUAAAGGCCAAAUCCAGUCUAUAAAGAAGCAAAAUAAAAAAAAGAAAAAAAAUCUUUGAAGCAAGGACUGCAGAGGGAAGAGCAUACAGAAGAAAAACAAAUAUGAACACUAUUAUCUCUACCGCCUCUCUGUCAGGAGGCGCUUUGUUGUUGUAAACAAACAGGUAUUUUUUUAGACUAGUCAUUAGUCUCCACAUUUACGACAUCUCUACGUGGGCAGAGCAUUUAUGUACGCACCAGUUGUUUGUGUCACUUUUCUAACUUUUAUACGGUUGGAGACAUUCAUCAUGUACAGAAAGAAGCUGCUAUUCCUUAUUUCUCUUGUGGUUGUAAAAUAGUUAAUAUCUAUAUAUAUAAAAAGAGAAAAAAACUCCUUCAGGUCAGAUCUACCAACGUUUCCACUACAGUCCAUUUUUUAAAUGCUUGUUACUGUGUAAAAACGUCUCUGAGCUGGUUUCAUUUCUGUGUUCCCGUAAAGGUACGACAGUUUGCCUUGUGUUCGAAACACCGCUUACUUCUCCUCACGUCU